UGGUUUUAGUUUGAUUUCAGAAACGUUCACUUGCGGUUCGUCGUCGAGUGCUCGCGUUGUGUUUUUUCUCAUUGUAAAAAAAAAGAAAUAUAAAACCAAACAAGAAGGGAGGGGGGAAAGGAGGACCCACAUGCAGAAAUAUUCAGUGAGAAGAAAAUUAGACUCGUUAGAAACGUGAGGAUAGGAAAACGGAAAAAAAACGUCGUUGCAUGUAAAUAUUCAAAACACGACGGAUACGGCGAAACUAGGGUGGUUCUGGCUCUGGCUGUCAGGAAGAAUGCGUGACUGGUAGGAAACAAUAAAUCGAAAUCUGUCACAUUCUCUAGAACCCGGUGUACGAGAGUCUCUACCGGGGAAUGAUGCUGCGGUUGGACUGAGGAGAAAAAAAGUAUUCUUUUGGGAUAUUCCAAUCGUUCCGAUUGUGGAUCGUGAAUUCUUCCGGACCCGGGGUGGUGCGCGUUUUUUGGUUGGUGUGAAGAGUGGAUUUCGCCCUGUGUUUAUAGGUGCAAUAAUAAACGACCCGCUGAAGAAGCAAUCCAAAUCAUAAAUAACGAGAAUCAAGCAAAGAGAAAGACACCGGUUUCAGGUGGGAAAAGCAGUGUUUUUUUGUUUCUUCUGGCAAUGGUUUCCUUCGCUCUUCGAGCGUUACGGUGAAAAAUUCUGUGGAAUUUGGAGAUCGACAUCCCGCUACAGUUCGUACGGUGCGGUUCGGCAGAUUGUUCCGUGAAAGGGGAAAAUUUCUGAAACCCAGUCGUAAUAGUCGUGCAAAGAUAUUCCAGUGACGGUGAAAUCUGAUGAGAAAAAAAAAACACAGUGUAGUGGUGAAAGUAGAAGAAAAAAAUGUUGAAGUUUUAUUGAGAUAAAAAAAAAAAAUUCAAGCCAACAGCGAAGGCAUUGGUGAAUUCAGUGGAAAAUAAAUCAAUAAAUCAAUCGUUCUACAAAGCGACACAAAAGAAAAGUGCGAGCCCGUUGGUGUUCCAAGAAGUCUCCGGGAGUCAAAACGGCACUACGAAAAUUGAGGAACGCAUUUAAAAGAGAUUACCCACAAUUGAGCCCAUAAUCCGGUGGAGCAUUGUCACCAUCAACGUUGCCAAUCAGGCGUAGCAGAAUUCGUCGCCCAUUUUACGGCAGCCAUAUUGCGAACACCGUGACACACCACUGAGCACAUCAAACAAGCGGGACAUCAAAGAAUGGGCCAGCCAACAACAGCUCACCACAGUUGUCCUGAAAAGAAAUAAUUAUCUAACAGGCUAAAUUUUCAUUACACGCUGCUGUCAGAAACAACAGGAUUUUCUCCAGUGACAACCCAACCAGCGGAUUUGGGAUCGGACGAAAAUCAAGCACCGGGUAUUUUCGGGAGACUGACAGCAGGUGAAAGCGGUUUUUUGGUGCUCAUUGAGACUCUCUGAAACUAUCGCCACCAUUAAUAAUCAUCAUCUGCAGUAGUAGUAGUAAUAGUAGCAGUAGUAGCAGCCGUAGUAGCAUUACUCGCUAAUCCAUCCCAUGGUGCAGUCCUGCCUGCCUGCCAGCCUGCCUGUAGUGGAUGCUUGGGCAAGGGUGGCACAGACUGACGAAAAUGAUGAAGCCAUUGUCCGGCAUCAGUAGUCCCGCCGAGCUUCGACAGCAGCUUAGCCCCACCAAAUUCCACCAUCAGCUGCAGCAAAUCACAAUCCAACGGUACGAGAUAAGAUGGAAGUGGUGCUGCCGGAUUGAAAAAAGCCAGUGAAGAGCAAGUCUUGGGAAAUGAGCCGAAAGCAGCACCACCGUUCGCAGUGAAUACUGUUUUCUAACGUUCUAACGGUUAGGGGGCGGCGGUUAGUCAAAACAAAAAAAAACGGAAAGGAUUGUGGUGUGAAGUGAGAGAGAGAGAGAGAGAGAGAGAGAAAAUCAAAAUUAAGUGGCGAAAAGUUUUUACUGUUAAAUUUAUUGUGCUAUUUCAGUUUUUCAGUUUUUCCUUUGUGUCCACGUUUUAAACAAGCAAUCAUCGUCGGGUAUGGUUUAGUUGCGAGGUAGAAUCCGCCGGUUUUAUUUUUGGCCGGGCUCACUCUUCUCGUACACCGGUUCACCACGAAGCUCGAACAAAAUCAGUUAGCAUUUUGUGCUUCAGUUUUUGUUUCUUUCGCGUAAGCUGCAGUAUUUUAUUCGAGGAUUAAAUGCCCUGAACAAAGAGCAGCAGGAAAAUUAAGCUUCAAAUCCACCAGGCAAAGUCGAAAAUAUAACGAAUUUAACGACCGGUUGCAGGCUGGAAGCAGCCAACGUAGCGUUCGUUGAGGCAGCAUCAUAAAGCUAUAAGAACGAAAUCAUCCUCUUGACUGUCCUUACGCAUCAGUGCCGGCAGCAGUUCAGGAGCAGCGCCAGAAACAGCCAGCUUCAUCAUUUCAGUUUUUUUGGUAAAGUUUCAAAAAGUUCGACCCGCGAAAAAAAAUUUCCGUUGCGUCGUAGACAAAAAAAAGUGAAAGUGAAAGUGAAACAGAAGCAGUACGUACCGGUACAAUCGAAUAAAGUAUGAAACUUGUGCCGACGUUGUUGAGAAAAUUUUCCAACACCAUUGCCAGAACGAUCAGGACGAAGAAAGGGAAAGUGCGGAAAAACUCGUAAAGUCGUAAAUUUGCGUUUCGCGUGUCAUAGAAUUCCAAUUUAAUCUGUUCCGUAGCACACUCCCCACAUUGCGUGACAGUGUAGUGUAGAUUUAGUUCGCAUUUCGUAGUCAAGUUAAGUGAAAAACCGUGCAAUGAGUUUGUAAUAUUAGGUAAACAAAAAAGAAGUGCUUCUUAUUGCGGUGCUAGAGGAAAGUUUGCGAAAGAAAAGUGAUAGGAAUUUGAUAGGAAUCAAAAAGGAAAAAUCUGCAGGCUUCCAGAAAAGGUCAACCGGAAGAUAGUUUAGAGGGAACGGACACGGUGACGACACAACCGACGACGCAGAGCCACGAACGAAGAACACGUAACCGGCAAAAGUAAUUAUAAUUUUAACCACACGCUUCAUAAGAAUAUUAUGCCAAAGUGUUGGAAAAGAAAACCGACGGGCUAUGUUUGUGAUGCUGUCAGUUCGCACAACAGCCACCGUUCGUGAACGGCCAGCCGAGACGGUCAAGAAGGCAAUCAACAUAAACCAGUUCAUCAGGAGCAUCAAUAACCGGAAGGCAAAGAAGAAUCAGAAAGCGCAGCAGAGUUUGAACAACGCGAAUCCCUUUGGCCAGAGCGACAAAAAGAGCAACAACAGCGCCGAUAGCGACAACAGUAACAGCAGCAACGACCAGAAGAACCUACGAAGGGACAAGAAUAGCUAUCGGAAACCAACCGAUAAGAUCGAUAAAACGUCGAUUCAGAUAAUUGCAUCAACGACGAGCUCAACCCACCACCAUCCUACAGGCCGGCUGGUACAGAUUCCGGAGGAGGAAAAGCAACGGAACGAUCCCGUGCCGGCGAGUGUGCCUAUCGGGGCUACCAACGCGGUUGCGUCGUCCGAGAAGCACGACCCGCGGAGCGAGACCCAGAGCAGCCAUCAGGAUCAGGAGCCGAGAACCAAGUUUCUGCUGCCGGAGCUCAACAACUUCCGGAAGCCACCAACUGUGCAGGUACCUGUGGCAACCAUACUCAACGAUCUCAGUCCCGUGCCUGCGCCAGCAAAAGUCACAAAUAAAGUCUCCAACUCGAACCCUAUGAGUCCUAUGAACCCCGCCGGGCUACAAAGUAACUCGCCGGACGUUAAGGCCAUGCGGUACUACAGAUUGUGGAUCUACACAUGCAACGCUGUGCUCUUGAUGGCGGUAAUUGUAUUCUGUGGCGUUGCGGGUAAAAUUUUACUCUCCGACUACAGGCGCUUGCUGGUGACCGGGCUCAGUCUGACGCAGCCGAGCUUCAUCUACGCGUACCUAGCGUUGCUGGUGCAAUCAGGUUUCUUACAACUGAUAGGGUGUCUUGGUGCCUUACGACUAUCGGAGAAAUUAUUAAACGCUUACUGGUUGCUUUUACUCGUAUUGUUAAUAGGAGACGCGAUGUUAGGCAUAUUUUGGAUGUUCAAAUUCGACCGGGUGAUGAACGACCUGCAACCGAUGCUGAGGAAUCGUCUGGCCCACGAAUAUGGUAAUUCAAUCGAAUUAACAGAUCUCUGGGAUCGGCUGCAGAACGAGGGACGGUGCUGUGGCGUAGCAGGACCACAAGACUUUCCGAUACACGUAAACCGGACCUACCCGGAUUCCUGCUGCGCUUCGGAUGUCACCGAACAGAUCAGCAUAUCGCGGAGACCGCUGGCAUCGGCGGUGGUAUUCCGCGGGGACGAACUGGAUGAUCUCGCGGCGGCCGCUGGUCACAACUUCAGCGACAUCAGCGAUUCGUGGAGUCUCAUAACGGCUCCGAGUAGCAGUAGCAGUAGUAUUAGUGGUAGCGGCAGUGGUAGCUUGAGUUCCAGUAGCAGUAGCAGUACGAAUAGUGGUGGCAGUUUUAGUGUUCGCAGCGGUAGCAGCGUUGCCAGUGCCGGAGGUGAUAGCGGCAGUGUCAGAACGAUCACCGCAUGCCGAGCGGUUUAUCCACAGGGCUGUGCCGACCGGAUCGUGUCCUGGUUGCGGCACACGGCGGACGUGCUGUUUGUGCUCGGCUACUGCGUGAUAGCGUUCCUGAAGUUAUGCUUCCUUGGUAUUCUCCGGUACGAGAUCAAGGAAAUGAUACAGAAAAUCAAACUGCUUCAAACGGAGAUGGCCGGAGCGAUCCUGAACGGAGUUGACUGUGACCAGCAGCAGAUACAGCAGUUUACCCUGUUGCAGCAGGUAACCAGUACAUCGAUCAACGGUGGAAUUCAUGCCGAACCGAAGGUCGGCAAUCGGGAUCGGGAACGGACGCGGUUAGAGGCCGCCGAAAGUGAACGAGAAUCCUUGCUGAACAUUCAGCACCAACCGCAGCAACAGCAACAGCAGCAGCAGCAACAAUCGGAUCAGACUCCAAGGUUGCUAAAGCACCGACAGCUGUACACCUGCAUCAACGAGCAGCAUCUGUACAGUGGGAGUGGUAGUGGGGGUGGUGGAGGUGGUGGUGGAGGUGGAGGAUCCGGUGGAGCUGCCGUCGGUGGCUGUGAGUCCGAUACGAACUCGAAUUGCGCCCUGCUCGUCGAGGAGAACAACGCAUCGCUGCUGUCUUCCGGGGCGGGCGCCACCAAGACAAUAAACGGCAACAACAACUACGAGCUGAGCGAAUUCGACAGCAAAGCGACAGCAUACAGACUUCUGAACGCACCAACGGUAACUAGAAUCUGACUACGGUAUUACCUGGAGCAACUGUUUGGUGAUCGCUGGCGGAAAGCGAGACCAAACACACGAAAUCGCACCCAAAAUGACCCAAGUGAGGGAAGUGGCAGUUACAACUGUCAGCAACAGCAGCAGCAGCAGCAGCAAGUGCAACAACAACAGCAGCAACAGCACCAGUUACCAACCCUACAGCAGCUACAACAGCACGAUAGUGGUAGCAGUAGGGAAGGCCUUCGGAUCAGCAUGGUCCAUCGGUUGCACAGCAUCACGGGCAGUAGUGUGUUGAGUGGAAGUGGCGGUAGUGGAACCAGCGGAGUCAAUGACGAUUCCGGUGGUUGCGGGAUCGGUGGAAACGGAGCGAGUACGACGGCUACGGCCGGUAGUAGCAGCUGUAGCAGCGGUACCCCGGCCAGUAACACCGAUGCCGGCGAGGGAGGUGCCGGUUCGCGAAGGCGCCGAUCCCGGAUAACCUACGACCGGGAGCAGGGGGUUAGGUUCUACCGAGGCACCGAAACGACCGACAGCAACGAUUGUGAUUGUGAAGAUAUUUGAAGGCGAUGACGGUGGCCGACGGAUUAAGUCUUCGGGUGAGCGAAGAAGAAAACGAAUCAACUGUGAGAAAAUCAAAGCUGUGAACAUUAAGUUACGUGCAAAGAUUUAUAUUAUCGAAUAUCCUAUCUGUCUCUGUCUCUGUUCCAGUACAACUUUAACUGGAGUUACAUCAUAAGCCGCUGUUGAGCAUAAGGUAAUUGAAACCGCUGUUCCCCUAGGAUGUAAGAUCCAGACCAUAGUGAUUGUAGAAAAAAAGAUAGAAACUUUAGCUCUAGAUAAACUGUAAAAGUCCUUCAGAAAAAAAAACUGCAGGCUAAAAACAGACAACAAGUGCACAGAAGGCGAAAACGAAACACACACAACAAAAAAGAAAUCGAAACUAACCUUAGGCUUAGGUGUUCGUCAUAAGUACACACAUUUUCGUAUUACUAAAUUAAGGAAACCUUUCGUAAUUCGAUUUUAUACCAUAACUAACCUAGUCGGCUAGUCGGCAGGACAGGUAAGAACUGAAAAACGGCGGGCCGAAAAGAAACCGAAAAAAAAGGAAAUUCAAACAGAAAUCCAAAAAUAACCGUUUCGGACGUAAAUCCAAAUAAAGCAACAACAGAUCCGAUCUUUCGCACCUAACCACGCCAUCCUUCCUGGAAGGAGCCCGGCUACCGAAAAUAAACCGACUCAAUGGAUUCGCACAAAAGGAAACAGUCCUGGAAAUGAACUAACGCCCCGAAGAUUUCCCUUCCAUUCCGAACGUUAUCGGACAGACACAGGUUGGUGACACAGAAAACGAAGAAGGUAUCGGUCGGUCUUCCUAAUCCCUAAUUCUACUCGGUUGCGGAUCAGCAUUCGUUCAAAGCACUGGAUUCAAGUAAUUUGCAUGUUUCGAGUGCUCGUUGAAUUAAGGUUUCAAAUUUGCUUCGGAAAAGGCAACUAACGAAGCUGAAACUAAUUUCGCAACUUUCAAUACAUGUAGAGUUCAUGAUUUAAGUUUUCCGGUUCGUGACAAUUUCACUGUAAGUUUUACUGAAACGUAACGUCCGCGGAGAUUAUAUACCUACAUACUAUUCAAAUGUUAGUUUUCUUUUGACGCAACUAAGGGUCGCUUUUCUAUGAGACUCUAGGCUAGAGGAACUCGGAAAUGAUAGAAAACGAAAAUACUCAUUUUUUCUUCAUUCAUUCCUAAAUGUAUCCACAAAUUCAUGAAAAAAAUUUGAGUAGUACUACUUUUACAAGUGUAUGUGCACCAAGUAGUAAAAUGUCACGUCACAAGUUUACGUUUUCCGGACAGGGAUGGCUAUUUGAAGCAGCAUUUCAAUUUGAAGUUUUAUUGAAUGUAUAUAGAAAUUAAAAUUUGAGCCACUAUCUUCUCAGUAUUGCUUGUGUGCAUUUCAGAGUAAAAGUAGUUCUUUGAGCGGCAUUUUGGACUCUCAAAGUUAUCUCGAGCCCAAACUUGAUAUGGUUGGCUCGAUAAACGAAUUUUAGGACAAUUUUUCUACACAUGUGCUCAAAACUGAACCGAUUCAUAGCCAUCGAUUACAUGAAAUCGAAAUCCAAUGGACACUCUAAAAAGGAUCAGAGUCAUUUCGCCGAAAGGAUUAUUUCGCAGAAAGGGUCAUUUCGCCGAAAGGGUCAUUUCGCCGAAAAGGUCAUUCCACCGUUUGUCAUUUCGAUUGCCCCUUCGGCGAAACGACUUUCGGCGAAACGACUUUCGGCGAAACGACUUUCGGCGAAACGACUUUCGGCGAAAUGGCUUUCGGCGAAUUGACCCGCUCUCCUCUAAAAAAUCUACACACUGAACAAAAAGUCGUAUAUAUUUUUUAAGACUGCAAAAUUGAUUUUUAAAAAAUAUAACAUUAUAUAGUAAAGAAAACGCAUCCGAAAAUUCUCUUUGGAAAGUUUUAUUCUGAAACCUGUUAUUGAAACUACUGUGUUCACGAUAAGGGGCUGUUCAUAAAAGACGUCACGCCGCAAGGGGGAGGGGGUCUUUGCUUCUGUGACAAUUUGUGACAAAGGGGGGAUGAGGAGUCAAAAAUCGUCAAAAAAGCGUGACGUCUUUUAUGGACAGCCCCUAAAGCGAUUUACAAAACUGAAUUCAAGGUAUAAAUUUGCUCAUGGCAAACUGUCUCUUACAAGUAAUCGUUUUAGAAAUAUUAAAAAAUAUAUGGAAAUUAUUUCAGUUGUCAUAUCUUCACUUUCCAGUCUUUUUUUUACACGCACUUGAACACCGUCUGCAAUUUUUAGCUUGUACACGGUGAAUCGUACUCAAGUUUGUACACAAGCGCAUUGUACAAGUUUGAACAGCGUGUUUUGAACUAGUGCGCAAACCUGUAAACGUUUGUACUUUCGAUGCGAACAGUUGAGCAGUAGUUCUGAACUUCGCUCUUUGCAAAACCCUUUCAACUAAAAUUUCUGAUCAUAUUAUUCGAGUGAAAAUAGAAAUAUAAAAAUAUGAUAUAAGUGUAUAAAAUAAACCCUGUUUCAAUUCACGUAGCGAUGUAAUGGUUCCUAGCUCAUAUCACUCAUAUUAUCACAUAUAUUACUUUGGGAUUCUUCCAAUUACCUUCUCCCGAAUUUUGUGGAAAAAAAAUUGUUCAGGCAGCAACAUACAAGACCUGAAAUUGAAAUAAUUUACAAAUCAGCUUUAAAGAGUUAGAUUAGGAUUUGAGUCUUCAUUGACUUAACUGCUCGAAAUGUCCAUCCAUCCGUUAACUCCGAAAUCCCAGUUUAAAAUUGAUUUUGAUCUCUAUUUCCGAUACCUUCAAAACCAGAAACCUGUGAUCGAUAUAGUCGAUAUGGUUCGUAUGGUCAGCCGUUUACGUUACUUGCAUCGUCGCAUCUUAAUGGCAUUGUAAAAUUUGGAAGACUUAUCAACCAGUAGGUCCCAGGAAGUCAAAUGCAGAUAAAGUUCAUCUAUUUUGUAUGCGACCAGAAGACCAUUCAUUUGAAUCAUAGUUUGUAGAAAUUGGUUGAAAAUCGGCUCUGAUUUGACGAAGUGAGAUCAAGUUUAAAAUGAACUUGCGCACGAAAAAUUGUACACAAGUUCAACGCGGCGCAUGAUUUCUUGAAGACUGCCACUUUGUAAUUGAUAUCAAUCAAGUUAACAUCAAAUGUGGAUUUAGAGUUUGAGUUUGAUAGAAAAUUAUGAAAACAAUUGAAGAGACAUCUUUUUAAAUUUGAAUAAAUCUGAUACUUGAAAAAUCAUUCGACUGUAUUUUUUCAGUGUUUUUUUUUCUGAGUGCGCAAUCGAUUUCCUAGAACUUCUUAUUCGAUACCAUUUUCGUGGUUUCUGAGCUAAGUGAUAAGAAAAAGUACAUAUAAAAAAGUCGUCCAUUUUUAAAGCCAGUCUUGGAUCAGAAAAAUAAAUGCGUCAAGUAAGAAAUUUUACGCUGUAAGUUUUUGCCUUUGAUCAAGCUGCUUCUCUGGAUGAAUUGCACAUUUUAGUUUGCAAUUCAUUCAGCAUUACUUGGGCGGUUGUUAGUUCAUUAAGCGAACGAAUGGCUUAAUACAAGUAACUGAAAACGUAAGCAAGGAAAAAAGUUUUUUUUUCUUUCGAUUUGUAAUAAAGCGUCCUUUUGGAAUCCUCAUGACACGCGUUUGUGUUUUUCAGACAAGGACUAAUAUUCAUAGAUAGAAGUCAAACCUUGAAGUUACAUUCCAUUUAUUCCAUUUUACCAUUCUAUUUUAACGAAACCAAUUCUUAGGAAUGGAUGAUUUUGACGAAAAUAAUUUCACCGAAUGGGUCAUUUUAACGAAAGCUAUUUUGCUGAAUAGGCCAUUUUGUCGAAAGGUGUUUCGCCGAAUGGAUCAUUUCACCGAAUAAACCUUUUCACUUAAAUGUAUCCCUCUAAAUCAUUCACCGGAAUCUUUUUGUUGGAUGGGCCAUUUCAUCGAAAGCAGUUUUGCUAAUUGGGCCAUUGUGCCGAAAGCUGUUUUGCCGAGUUAGUGCAACGUCGCCAAAAAAUACAACAGGUACUAGUUAUUGCAAAACUAACUCACAGAGAACCGGCGCAUCAGGUUUUACGUUCCGAAAUUAAUUUUUGAAUACCGAACAGAACACUGCCACUCGAUCAUUUACCGCUGUGAAGGAUCAUUUCGAGCUUGGAAAAUCAUCCAGUUAAACGAUUUGCUAUGUUUUGAUUUUAUUCAAACAUUUAAGAUUUUGUGUGACAAUCAGUUUUUUAUCUGUAUUGUGAUUAUCAUUUUUGUAUUGAUUAAUUAAAAGAUACCGCGCCUGUUUGAGAAUUACAAAUAAUAUGUUCAACUCAAAAUGGGCAUUACAAUAAUAAUGAAUAAUUGAAUUUCGCAAUGAGUGGCGGGUACAGCGUGAUGGGUACGUCGAUGCCUUUCACGCAGUCCGCCAGGGUUCAAUUCCAAAUCCCGCACAUAGUUUUUCUGGCCCGAAGAGGUGAAUGACCUUUAGGUUAAAACGUCUAUAAAAAAAAUUGGCCAUGGUAGCGAACGACUUGGUGAGAAAGCUUUUUGUGGAUUUAUUUACCACCGAUUUCGUAUUUAAGACGCAGCAAGCGGGCAAUGUAACGUUCGCUAUUGAUAAUCUUGCCUUUUCCAAGGUAUUCGAUUAUACAUUUGCGUACCUGACUGUUCCGGACGUGGUUCACCGGUAGUGCAGCCCACUCAUAUGAUGAUCGUAUUGAUUCCGGAUAUGGAUCCAUGUUUCAUCCAUUGUCACAUAUCGACGCAAAAAAUCGUGUUUAUUUAAGCGAAACAGCUCCAAAUAACGCUAUAGAUCAACGACACAUUAUCGAUGUCGAUUCACCGUCAUUGCACGCAACACCUACUCCGAAGACAGUUUCCUCAUAGACAAUUGUGGCAAAAUAUUGUUAUUUCACUGAAAGCUGUUCCGCUAAAUGGGAUACAUUGUAAUCAAUAGCUCAAUUAGCUUUCCCAGAAAUUCUAUAUUCAAUCAAGAGAGUGCUCGUUCUUUGCAAAAAGAAAACAGAAGGAAAUUACUUUAAAGGGGGAAAAUUCCAGAUGUGAAAUUUUCAGUAUAAGUUGUUGUGAACUCACUUGGUGAUGCACGUCUCCGAAACAUGAAAAAAUGAUUUGUCAACUUCCAGAAUACUCGAUUUUCUUCAGUCGCACUGUUUUCCAGUUGCACACUCCAAGUAUUCUUAUUCGAUUGCACACACCUAGCGAGUACGAGGUCCUCUUUCUCCGCAGUCGACAACCUCUUCCUAGUUCUCAACUGAAUUUCAGAAUGAUUCAUUGACUUAGGGGUCGGGAAAGUCUUUUUUCUAAAGGAAGAAUUGCAUAGCUGAAAACGGCAACUUUCAAAUUGUUCAUUUAAUAUCUCGCCUUGAAAGGCAUGCAUCAAAAAUCUAUCCCGACAAUGUCUAGAUAAAUUAUUUUGGAACCAAUUGAAGCAUAAAAACAUAGGUGUUUUAGCGAUAAAAAUGAAGUGAAUGUUAUUUUUGUGAAGGUAAGUCGAUUUCUAAGCACGCGCCAUUGUUUCUGCUCCAGUUUCCUGGUAACGUUACGAAACAUGAGAGAGAAAUAAAAUCGGCUCAGCAAGGCUACCAAACAAGCGGUAGCUUUAUUGGAUACAGACACAUUUUAUGCAAACUUAUAACCGAAAAUAUCGAAACUUUUCUGGUCACCCGGCCAAUCGCGAGUCAUUUUGAACAUAUGCGAGAGAGCAUGGAGAGAAAUAUAAUACGCAGAGCGAGACAAGUGGUUAUACGCGACCCAACACAUGGAUCAAUAAGUCCCGAGACUAAAGCAGAGAUGGCGCUCGUAGUAAACCAGUAGCCACGUCUUUCUAGAGUAGUAAACUUUGCUUGAGACGGGUCAAAAUUUUAAGUCGAUCCGACCAGAAACAGCUGAGUUAUCGAGGUUGGAGUAAAGUCGUUUUGUAGUUUGUUUAAAAAAUGGAAAAAACCGACUUUCGUGUUUUAAUAAAACAUUGUUUUUUUAAUGGGUAAAAACACCGUGCAAGCGAAACAAUGGAUUGAAAAAUGUUAUCCGGACUCUUGUCCAUCAAAAGCAACGAUUUGUCGGUGGUUCGCCGAGUUUAAACGUGGUCGUACCGACAAAAAAGACGCGGAACGCUCGGGUAGACCUGUGGAAGCCGUUACACCGGAAAAUGUGAGUGAAGUGACAAAAAUUCUAAUGAAAGGUUGUAAAGUGAAGCUCCGUGAGAUUACUGAGAUGACACAGAUAUCAUAUGGAAGUGAAUUUACUAUCCUUCAUGAAAAAUUGAGCAUGAAAAAGGUUUUUUCCAUGUGGGUGCCGCGAUUGCUUUCGAUGGAACAAAAACAGCAACGAGUCGAUGAUUCAGAAAACAGUUUAUUCGAACGAAUUGGGCUUUGAUCAGCUUCCCCACCCCCCAUACUCGACAGAUUUAGCCCCCAGUGACUACUGGCUCUUUGCUGAUCUUAAAAAAAUGCUCCAGGGAAAAAGAUUUGGCACAAAUGAGGAGGUCAUCGCUUAAACUGAAGCUUAUUUUGAAGCGAAAGAUAAAUUUUUUAAUAAACAUGGUAUUGAAAAAUUGGAAAAACGUUGGAACCAUUGCACAGUGGGAAAAAAUGGACCAAAAACGCGACGAUUUUUUUGGAGGCAUGAUACGGCUGACCACAAAGCACUUUUUUGGUGUCAAAUGGUCAGUAGAAUCGAUUCCAUGUAUUUAGAAGGACCGCACGAAACGCUAUCAUGUUCAUUUUACCCCAAGUUCCCUUUUUAUACUGCAUUGUAUUCUAGCUUAACUAUAUAACAUGAAACCGAAGAACCUGCAGAAGAGCGAAUAGAGUGUUUCCGAUGUGAAAAAGUCUAACAAAUCGAUUGCAUGUAGUUUUAUUGAAAGCAGAAAACUCGUUGCACCGUUUUACCCCAUUUCGUUCCUAGUUAUAAUAUUCAGUUGAAUUAUGAUCUACAAUCCAAAAGCAGAUCCAAUGCGAUCUAUCAAUAUUGGUUCAUGAUACCUGCAAAACAUCUGUGAUCCAAUUAAACACAAUGGGAAUGACAGUACUAGCCUUUUUAACCCGUUUUACCCCAAUUUAUAUCAAAAGUCGUAUUUCUGGUUAAACUUUCUCUCGCAUGCCGAAAGCAGGCUGAUUGCGGUUGAUGAAAAUCGAUUAAUAUUACGAAGAAAGCCCUGAAAAUAGGAUUACCAAUGAAUUCAAUGGCCGCACGAAUCUUGUUAUACCGUUUUACCCCAAUUUAUCCUUUAACUGAGUCUUAAGAUUUUGCUCCACAUUGAAUUCAUUUGUAAUCCAAUUUUCAGGUCUUUCUUCGUAAUAUUAAUCGAUUUUCAUUAACCGCAAUCAGCCUGCUUUCGGUAUGCGAAAGAAAGUUAAACCAGAAAUACGACUUAUGAAAUAAAUUGGGGUAAAACGGUAUAACAAGAUUCGUGCGGUCAUUGAAUUUAUUUUUAAUCCUAUUUUCAGGUCUUUCUUCGUAAUAUCAAUCGAUUUUCAUUAACCGCAAUCAGCCUGCUUUCGGUAUGCGAAAGAAAGUUUAACCAGAAAUACGACUUAUGAAAUAAAUUGAGGUAAAACGGUAUAACUAGAUUCGUGCGGUCAUUGAAUUCAUUUGUAAUCCUAUUUUCAGGUCUUUUUUUUCGUAAUAUCAAUCGAUUUUCAUCAACCGCAAUUAACCUGCUUUCAGUAUAUGAAAGAAAGUUUAACCAGAAAUACGACUUAUGAAUUGAAUUGGGGUAAAACGGGUUAAACAAGCUGGUACUGUCAUUCUCAUUGUGUUUAAUUGGAUCAUAGAUGUUUUGCACGUAAUAUGAACCAAUAUUGGUAGGUCAUAUUGGAUCUGCUUCGGGAUUAUAAAUCUGAAUUCAACAUAAAAUUAUAUUUGUCGGAAAAUUGGGGUAAAACGAUGUAGCACGAAGCAUGCGAUCAUGAACACUAUCUGUAAAUUAUUAUUUGAGGUUAUAUGCGAAACAUAGAACUGUCUUGUUUAACCAAAAUUGGUUCAAACACCGAUCAGUAGAACUUUUUUUCUGUAAAUUCACGGAAGAAGAUGACUGGAGGUAAAACAGAAUACAGUUGUUUGCGGUCAAUCUUAUUAAAAACAAUCCAUUUAUAUAACUUAUGAGCAUGUCAGGAAUACCUUCCGAUUGGUGUAAUUGAAUUUUUUCCUGAGUUUCACAGUUAGUUUUCAAAGUAAAGUCAGAAAAAAGAGGAAUUGGAGCAAAACGGGCAUGAUAGUGAAUUUUGCGGAUCUUCUAACUAUCAUAAAUCGAUUCUACAGAAAAAUUUACAUAAGAAAUACUAAUUUUGAAAAUAUUUACUCAUGUUUUUUAUAAAAUUAUUGAGCAAAGUCGCGUUUUUUGAUCGUUUUUCCCCACUAUGCAUUGUAUCACCCUAAAAGGUGAUUAUGUUGAUGAAUAAAAAAAAAAUUUUGCAAAAAAAAUGUUGUUUCCAUUGUUAGUCUCGGGACUUAUUGAUCCAUGUGUUACUGGUCUCAGCCCUUAAGUGUGGGAUUUUUCUCUCAAACACGCCGAAUACUCGGAAUAUUUGCCUUCAACAACCAUGCUUCAUGGCAUUAUAGGGUAAACGAUAGUAUAUACGACUUGUGCAUGUUUGAACCCCACCAAUUUCUACAUCAGGUCCAAAACUGUUGCCUCGCCAUUAUUCACUUAGACUUGAUAGAGUAAACCGUCAGUUUUAUUCUCUCAGCUUCUCUAUUAAAACGUAGAAUAGCAUCUUCCACAGCUCUACGAUCAACAUCCGUAUUGUUAAUGUCGUCCGCCAGAACCAAGAAUUCUGUAAGAAUUGUUCUGUUUCUCUGUCCGUCGCUUUUCGGUAUCGCAUUUUCGUGCGCCAUAUUAAUUAAUAAACUAGAGAGCGUGUCACCCUGCUUCAAUUCAUCUAAUGUCACGAAAGCAUCGGACCAUGAUGAAAAUGUUCAUAAUCAGUUGCUAGUGAUCAUCACUGUAUAUUUUCAUAUUUCGUUGUUAUUACGUGGUGAUAAUCAAUCAUCAGCCAUCAGAAUUAGAACAUAAAACGGUAUGUUACAAUGCAGUUACAUGAAUGUUACCGAAAUAUUGAUUCACAUUAACGAUUGGCACAUACGUUUACGUGUUCAUACUGGUUUCGCAACGUCAAAUAAACUUAUUUUCAACUAGCAACUGCAAGCUUAGCUGUAUUCAAAAUAUGUUUCAAUUAAGUCGAACCGAGUCAAACGGUAUAUAACACUAGGGGUUGUAUGGAGCUGUGGUUAAAGGUCGCUAUUUUCCAGAUAUUCUUUCCAAUAUUCGUCUCAAACAGAAAUGUAAAAAUUUAUUUAAAAAUUUAACAUGCGCUGCACAGUUUUUGGAGAGACUCCUGCCUAAUCUCCGAUAAUCUUUCAAUUUAAUUUAAUGAAUUCUCUUCGCUUUGAUAGCAUCUUUCAAGGCUAUUAUAGAAUAGAAUAAAAGUGUUGCCAACCAACGAGCAGAGUGAUUCUAGAUGCGAUUACGUCUAACGAAAUGAUGAACUUCUUUAAUUUAUAAUCAGUUGAUUCUGAAAGAAACGACUUCUGUGCAAAAUAGUGCUAUGCUCGUCGCUGCCACAACUGCACAACCCCGGUUGUAAAAUAGCCACAGGAUAAAACGUACGGUCGCAUCUUUCAUUCUGUGGUCUUAUAAAUAAAGCAUAAACCUCUAGAGUCAAGCAACCAACCAACCAACGAACCAACAGCAAACGCUUGCUGUGUUGAUGUUUCUAUUUCUAUUUAUUGCAACCUGACAGGACACAGCAAUCGUACGGAGUGUACUGUAAUAUAUAUAUUUCACUUCACAUGUUAAAUUGAAUCAUCGUUUUGUGGAAGCGUCAAACAAGUAAAUACACAACGAUGGAUUCCAUUGGUCUUUUGUUUUAAUCUUGGCUGGGUUAACCCAGUAUUUGAAAACGAGUAAUGGAUUACUCUCUCUCUCUCUCUCUCUUUAUCUUUUGCCCACUCACUGGAGAUGCUUGUAUGCUUCAUUAUACCAUGGUGGCACACUGACACACUGAAGUUUGAAGUUUAAAGAGUAUCGACAUGGGGAUUCACUUUGUGACAAUAAAUGGUCAUGCGAAUAAUCAAAUGUUUCAUACCUUCAGAGUGCUGUGAAUAAAUGAUGGAUCUUUUAUCAACACAACAUGAGAGCUUGAAUGUUCAUGGUUAGUUUUUGAACAUGGCAUUUUCCGUUUUCAACAUUUGGAUUGCACAUUCUAGAUUUGCCAAUAACUAAUUGAAACGACACGUGGAGUACAAAACAAACUUUUAGGUGGUUUCGAUUAAAGCAAAAUAAACAAUAUAAACAAACAAACUCAUUUUUAGGAAAACUCAACUUUCUUCGUAAAACGAUUUAUCAUUUGCCUGGAAAUAAGCUUUUGUUUCAGCGAUGACUUCCUCGGUGAAGUAGAAUCUUCUUUCUUGGAGCAUUUUGUGAAGCUUGCAAACCUGUAGCAGUCUCUGGGGGACAUAUCCGGUGAACAUGGUGGGAGCGGCAGUAAUUCGAAGCCCAAUCCAUGUAAUUUAUUUGAAGCAUUGGUGACUUUGUACUGACAAGAGUUAAUCAGGUGAACAAUUUAGGAUAACUGUUAAAUGAAAAAUUGACCUAUGAUCAUUUCAAAAGUCAGUUGUGAUUUAUUUCAAAAUUCACCGAGGAUAUGAAAGACCCUCAUUGCUUGAAGGUCUUUUGCUCACUAAUUACACCUAUUCUUAAGAACGCUUCAAUAGUUUGAUUACUGUUUCAACCUAUCGUAUCGCUACAACGUCGCCGUAAAAUACAACAGACACAAGUAAUUGCAAAUCUGAGCGACUUAUGACACGGAGCAUUGUCUUGGUAAAAAAGCACUUUUUCCAUCGUCCUUUGGAGCCGUAUCUUACCGAUUUUGUACACAUGAACUGGCCAAUGUUACGAUCACUUUUGAUAGUCUGGCCUUUUCCAAUGCAAUCCAUGAAAAAGUACCAUGAGCAUCCCAAAAAACUGAGAUCAUAACCUUACUGGUCCACAUUUGCGUUUCUGGUCACUUUGGAUGGAUCUCACUGACUGCUGUUUACUCUGCUGACGAUCGUUUGGAUUCUGUGUUGUAUUGUAGUGUAUUCAUGGAUCCAGUUUUCCUCCAUUGUCACAUAUCGACGAUGAAAGAUCUGGUUUAUUUCUGUUGAUUUUCUACAAACAGCGCUGGGAAUCAUACAGGUGAGCAAUACCAGAAAUUUGUUGCAGGUCUUCAGACUUCACAAACACAAACCAGCUAAUAAAGAGACCAAUCCAACCAAAGAGCAAUUUUCAAAGAGGUCAAUGAUUUUUGUAUGCAAUUUUUUCAUAUCACUGUAACUUGGGAAGUGUUUAUUGUAAAAAAAAAGAUUAUGUCGCAGAAGAAGUACUAGGAAAUCGAUUGAGCACUCUAAAAAAAUGUAAACUGGUGAAAAAGUCAAAAAACACUUUUUCAAGAAAUAAAAAACUUACCAAAAAAAUUGUGAACAAUGUCUCUUAGUCUUUCUCAUAUAGAAAGGGUUUGCCAUUACUGUGAAACCCGACUUCUGAACCGAGGCCGUUGAGAUCGCAAAAUGUCUGUGUUUUCGGAGAUGGCUUAACCGUUUUUUGCAAACAUCGAUUUAUAUGAAAGGUCAUACUUUUUCAUAGAACGCGUUGAAUUUCCGGAUCUGACCUACGGUCCCAGAGUUACAGGAUGAAGUGUAUUAACAAUGGCAAACCGUCAUUUAGAGCAGCGAUGUGAAAAAAGGGAAAAAUGGCUUAAAAAUAUUUCAAUUUGCAGGUAUUUUUAGUUGCUAACCACAUGAACUGACUACGGCUAUAUCGGUUCUCAGUUCCCGGUUCCGGAAGUACCGGUAAAAUCGGAAAACCGACCUACGGAGACCCCUUGUGUUGUAUAACAUUCGAAUCGGCUCGACGAGUUCGUAAAAUGUAAAAUGAUAGUUUUUUCUUGCCGCUCAAUUUUCUCGGAGAUGACUGAAGCUAUUUCAACAAGUUUAGGUCAGAGUUUUAAUUCAAAGACAAAACAGCGAUUUCUUCUGGUUCCGGACAUGUAAUGGUAUAAGUGACGUAACCGACAAAACACUCUUUUUUCGCACUUUUUUCCUCCAAUAGCUGAACCGAUUUUAACAAGCUUCGGCUCGUUUGAGAACUAUUAUUGGGUCAUUGAUGAAGUUUGAAGAUCAAAUCGCUGUCUCUUCUGAUUCCAUAAAUGCAAUGGUAUAAGUGACGUAAACGACAAAACAAGAUUUUUCUCUCACCACUCAAUUUUCUCGGCCAUGGCUAAACCAAUUUCAACUAGCUUAGCCUCGUUUGAAAGCUACUAUUGAGUCGUGGAUCAUAUUCGAAGAUCGAAUGUCUGUCACUUACUCCAGGUUCUAAUGAUAUAAUGGAAUAGGUGACGUAAACGACAAAACUUAUUACUGCUCAGUUUUCUCGGAUAUGGACGAACCGAUUUCUAUUAUUUUAGCCUCGUUCGAUACUAACAUUAGUCUGUGGAUCGUGUGGAUUACGUAACCCAGAAAUCAACUUUUUCCUAUCCGCAAAACUAUUUCAGAAAGUGUCCAACGACUGAGUUCAAAUGUAUUAUUAAUAAUAUAUUUGGUUUAGGAAUGUUGCCGAAUAUAUGACGUGAGCACUGAAGCAUGCAUACCCGAAUCAAGCUGAAUAAAUUUAUUUCAAAAAUGAGUCCAAAUUCGUGUCAGAAAUUAUCUUAUUAAUUAUCUUAAUAAGAAAUUAUCUUAUUAUUUUGUAUUGAACAUAAACUUAGAGUCCUUAUUUGUUGUCAAUGUGAUUGGUGUGAACUAAAAAAGUGAAGAAGUGAAAGCUAAAAUAAUUUUUAGGCAUUUUUGCAACAUGAAGAUUUGGAUGAAAAAUAGUCAUUUAAACAAUAGAAGAUGAUUCUAGUCACUUGGUUCUAUUCAUAGUGAUCUUCGAAGAACAAAGAUUUUUGAUGAAUAACGUAAUUUUACAUACAAGAACAGUACACUGCGGUCUUCUUUUGCGGCUUUUUUAUGUCGAUGUCCAAAGUUUUGCAGUUUUCAUGUGGAUAUCUGAAUUUAACUAUUUUUGUAUGCGGACUUUAGAAGUUUUUUUUUAUACGGAUUGCCAAAGUUUGUCCUAUUUUUAUGAGGAUUUUGUAUAUGUGUUUUUUAUGCGGAUUUCCAAAGUCUUACGGAUUUCCGAAGUCAUGCAGAUUUUUUUUGCGGAUUUGCAGACUUAUUUUCUUAAGCGGAUUUCUGAAGUUAUUCGGUUUUUAAGCGGAUUUCUGAAUUUUGUUUUUUAUUCGAAUUUCCGAAGUUAUGAGUUUUUCAUAGCAAUUUUCGAAGUCAUGCGAUUUUUUAUGCAGAUUUCGGAAGUUAUUCGGCUUUUUUAGACGUAUUUCCAAACGUAUGCGAUUUUUUUAUGCAGAUUUCCAAAGUAAUGCGGUUUUUAUGCGAAUUCCUGAAAUUAUUCGUAUUUUUUGUGCGGAUUUUCGAAGAAAUUUCCGAAGUCUGACGGAUUUGCAGUACUCAUACGGUUUUUUAUGUGGAUUUCUGAAAUUUUUAUUUAUGCGGAUAUUCACAAAUAUGAGUUUUUUUGGGGUUUUUUGCACUUAUUUUCUUACACGGAUUCCUGAACCUAUGCAUUUUGUUAUACGGAUUUCUGAACUUAUUCUUUUUAUGCAGAUUUCUGAAGUUAUGAAUUUUUUAUGAGGAUUUUCGUAGUCUUAAAGAUUUCCGAAAUCAUGCGGUUUUUUAUGCGGAUUUCCGAACUUAUUCGUUUUUUAUGCGGAUUUUCGAGAAUAUGAAAUUUUUUAACUUAUCUGUUUUUGCAUAUUUUCAAAGAUAUGCUAUUUUUUGCAGAUCUCCGAAGUGAUACUUUUUCCAUGUAAAAUUUUGAAAUCAUUCGGUCAUUUUUAUGCUGGUUUCUGAAGUUUUUCGGGUUUUUAUAGAGAUUUCCGGGGCUAUGCGGAUUUCUGAGCUUUUUUUUAAUGCGGAUUUCUGAAGUUAUUGGUUUUAUUUUGUGCGGAUUUUCAAAGAUAUGCAAUUUUUUAUAAGGAUUUCUGAAAUUAUUCGGUUUUUUUGUGAGAACUUUCGAAGAUAUGAGAUUUUCCUAAGCCAUACGAUGUUUUUUUGUGGAUUUCGCAAGAUAUGCGGAUUUCAAUAAAUUCUAUUCACGUGAAUUUCCGAAGUCAUUCAUUUUUAAUGCGGUCUUUUAAAGCUAUUGAAUUUUUCAUGCGAAUUUCCAAAUAUAUGCGGUUAUGAAGUUAUUGUCUGUUAUGCAGAUUCCUGAAAGUAUGCGAUUUUUUAUGCAGAUUCCCGAAGAUAUACAUUUUUUAUGGAUUUCUGUGAAUUUACGAAGUUAGACAACAGCCGCUUUACAUACCAGAACAAUCACUGAUACCUUUUUUACGCGGCUAGUUUAUGUGGAUUUCCGAAGAAACGCGGUUUUUUAUGCGGAUCUCUGAGGUUAUUGCUUUUUUAUGUGGAUUUCCGAAAUUAUUCAAUUUUUUAUGUCGGAUUCCGAAGACAUGCAGUUUUUUAAGCGGAUUUCCGAACUUAUUUUUUAUGCAGAUUUCCUGAAGUUAUACGUUUUUAUAUGGGUUUUCGAAAUCAUUCGGUUAUAACUUAUUUUUUAUACGGAUUUUUUGAACAUAUUUUUUUAUUCGAAAUUCCGAAGUUGUGCGUUUUUUAAGUGAAUUUCUGAAGUCAUGCGGUUUUUAAGCGGAUUUCCGAAAUUAUUCUUUUUUUUAUGCGGAUUUGCGAAGAUAUGCGAUUUUUUAAACUUAUUUUUUAUGCAAAUUUUCGAAAUUAUUCGGCUUUUCAUGCAUAUUUUUUAAGAUAUGCGUUUUUUUUUUUGGAAUUUCGAAACCUCCUUUUUUUUCGCGGAUUUACGUAGAUGUGCGGGUUUUUAAUGCGAAUUUCUGAAGUCAAGAGAAUUUUUAUGCGUAUUUACGAAGUGGUUUGUCGGGUUUACAGAUUUCGAUAGUUAAUUUGGAUAGAUAACCAAAAACACUAAUUUCAGUUUUAGUGGUAUUCAGUUUUCGAUUCGGAAGGUACCCAAAAAUUUAAUUUGCACUACAAUUUCUCAAAGAUGCCUUAUGGUCCCAUAAAAAAUUGGUUAAUUUUAUCCAAUUCUGAAAUUAGAGGAUGAUGAGUUUUUAAAAUUCAUACAGAUAUAGAAGGUGUAAAUUGUUUGGCGUAUUAAUUUAUGGCCAUACGAAUCAUUUUUGGUAUUGCUAGUUCUUGAAUACCAGCUCUGGAAGUACCACAAAUAAUGACGAAAAACUCUAAAGUGGAAAUUACUUCGACAUCUUAUGGUAUGUUCAAUCGAUUGUCACACGUUAAGGUUGAAAUUCGAUAACGAUUCAUACAAAAAACACAUGCGGAUUGAUAAAAAAGGUAUCAUCUCACUGCUAGGUGGAUUAAGCAUGUUUUUUUAUAUAGAACUUAGAAGUUAUUCCGUUUUUUUACGCGAAUUUCGGAAAAUAUACGGUUUUUCAAUACUGGUUUCUUAGCUUUAUGUAGAUAUUCAAAGAUAUGCGUUUUUUAUAUGGAUCUUCGAAGUUAUUCCGUUUUUAAUGAGGAUUCCUGAAGCAUUCGGUUUUUUAUGUGGAUUUCCGAAAUCACGCGUUUUUUGAGGAUAUCCGAAGUUAUUCUUUUUUGAACGGAUUUCAGAUGCGGAUUUUCGAAUACAUUCGUUUUUUUAUGAGGAUUUCCGAAGUUAUUCUUCUUUUUAUGGGGAUUUCCAAAGAUAUGCGCUUUGAGAUUUUUUAUGGUGGAUUUUCGAGAUCAUGUGGUUUUUUAUACGGAUUUCCGAAGAUAUGCGCUUUUUUAAACGAGUUUCUGAACUAAUUUUUCAUACGGAUUUCCGUAUAAAUCCCUUUUAUUUUUUAUGCGGAUUUUCCAAGUUAUUCGUUUUUCUUCACGUUUCGUCUUAGCAAAGUGAAAACGGUUAUGUGCCCUAAGUACAAACAUAGAAUAACCCCUAAAUGACAAGUUAUUCGGUUUUUGAUGCGGCCUUCCGAAGAUAUGCUGUUUUAUGUGGAUUUCUGAACUUAUUUUUUUAAGUGAAUCUCCGAAGGUAUGUAGUUUUUUGAUGCGGAUUUCCAAAGAUGUGCGGUUUUCUAAUGCAGAUUUCGGAACCUUCAUUUCACUUUUAUGCGGAGUUCCGAAAUUAUUCGAUUUUUUAUGCGCAUUUGUCGAAGAUUAGCGGAUUUCCGAAGAUAUGCGGUGUUUUUAGUUUGAUUUCCGAAGUUUUGGUGGAAAUUCAAAAAUGCUGCACGACAAGAAAAACUUUAGCAUAAUUCUAAAUGAAAUGCAAUUUAUUAAAUCGUUGAAUUUAUUAGAAUUUCUUCGUCGAAACCUUUUCUGAACAAAUAACAGUUCCUGAGCUCCAAUUAGAAUUAGAAGAAACCACUGGACCCCAACCCGAUCAGAUGGUAAUAACAGAAUUAUAACAUCUGGAGUAAUUUAUUUCAGAAAUAUUUUGUAAUAAAGUUUGAAAUAUUGUUGGCUGGUAAACUGUUAAAAAUCUUAACAAAAAAGAGCAUUGAGAGAACAAAAUCGUAACAGAUUUUGAAACGUAUGUAUCACAAUUAUUACUGAAUUUGAUAUAACUACAGAAGUCCGAAAGUAGGAAUUUGGAAAUGGUUGAAUGAUUUUUUUAUUAAACGAAUAAUUUAUUCAGUACUCUGAUCUCUUCGUUUAGUAUUUUGAAAUUCUGAUCAUUAUAGUUCGAUAUAACGCAACGGAAGAACUCAUUUAUUUCAAUUAAUGAACUUUAUCAUGAGUCUUGCAAAUAAAAAUGAAACAUCAGAAAUGAUUUUGUUAUUAUAUUGUCAUCAUAAGUUGUAACUUUCAACCGUUUUCAUGUGUAAACUAUCUCAAAAUAACACAAAUUGUUAUACAUAUCAAAUGUUGAUAUACUUGUGUUGUGGUUUAGUUAUGUGCAUCUGUUCGGGUAGUGAGCCAGUACAUUCAUUUUCUAGCUAUUUUUUAUCAAGAACUUGUAUUCUUGAAAAUAACUAAAAAUUUAUUCAGCCGCUGAUUGCAUUAACGUCUAUGUGAUGCUUUCAAUAACAAGUUUAAAAAACCCUUCUUAAUCCACCUAGUGAUGUGAUAAUGCCUUUCUCUUCUUUCAUAACAGUCUUAUGAAAAUAUGUUUCAUACUUUUAUUAAAUAAUUUUGGAUACUAAUUUUGUCACCAAUUGAUUCAGAUUGAUUCGAGUAGUUCACAAAAGCAUGCUUCAGUGUUUAUGUCACACAGUCAGCAUCAUUUUUCCAAACUAGUGCUUGACAUUUGCGUUGCCUAUUUGUAUGAGAACAGUGAUGCUAAUCUAAAAAAAGCCUUCUUAGUCCACUUAGUGGAAUUUUCAUAUAUCUUGAAAAAUCACCAUAGGGGGGAGUACAUGAAAUUUUCGAAAUCGAAAAAAAAAUUUUGAUACCAAAAGGCUUAGAAUUGCAUGAAACGUCGAGAUUUAGUGUCAUCUCGAAAAAAUUUUUUUUGAAAAAAUCGACUUUUUGGGACUUAGAAAAAAUAUGAAAAUUUUUCUAAGUCCCAGAAAGUUGAUUUUUUCAAAACAAUUUUUUUUGAGAUGACACUAAAUUUCGAUGUUUUAUGCAGUUUUAAGAGUUUUGGCAUCAAAAAAAAUUUUCGGUUUUGGAAAUUUCAUGUACUCCCCCCUAUGGUGCUUUUUCAAGAUCGAAAAUUGUCAAACCUUUGAAACCGGGCAGCACCCCUUGAGCAUGUCCGAUUUAGGUCAAAUCUUGCAUGAAGGCUUUUUUCGAGGUGCUUAAACUUUUGAGCACUAGAACUUAACGAAAAUAGAGGUGAUCCCAAAAUUUUGGCACCCUUAUAUAUAUAAGAGCGGUGAAAAUCAACGUGUUUUGUCGGUUACGUCACUUAUACAAUCAUAUAUCUGGAACCAAAAGUCACAACCAUUUGAUCUUCGAACUUGAUCAAUGGCACGACAGUAGCUUUCAAACGAGCCCAAGUUUGUUAAAAUCGGAUCAGCCAUCUCUGAGAAAAUUGAGCGCGUUCAAAUAUCUUCGAAAAGUGCACACACAUACACACACAUACACACACACACAGAGACAUUUUCCGAUCUCGACGAACUGAGUCGAAUGGUAUAGAACACUAUGGGUCUCCGAGGCUCCGUUCGAAAGUCGGUUUUUCCAGCAAUUCUAAUACCUUUCUAUAGAGAAAGGCAAAAAGGUGGGUGGGUAAUCUCAGAGACAUAACUGGAUGUCGUGAAUACGAAUAUUUGGAGCCAAAUGCUAGAAUUGAAUUCUGAAACCUAAAUUUGAUGCUAGAUUCUGGUGCUGAGCUCCAAACCUAAACUGGGGAAAUGAAUUCUAAAAUUGAUUGUUGAACCGAUCACUGAACCUGUGUUCUGGAACUGAAUCCCAGUAUACAAUUCUGAUUCGAAACGGAAUUCUGAAUCUGAAUUCUAGUACUGAAAUAUGUACAUGGAUUCUGGUACGCAGCUGAAUUUUAGCUUCAGAAUUACGGUCCCGGAUUCAGUUUUCAAAUUCGGAUCCAAAAUUCAGCCUUGAAAUUCAGUUCUAGAAUCCAGAACCUGGAUUCUGGCAUGUAUUUUAGAAUAUAACACUGGAAAUACAAUUGAAUUUUGAUUCUAAAUUCUGGUCCUGAAUUCCGGAUAGGUAUUUUGGAACUGAAUUCUGACUUCAAUUUCAGUACCAGGAUUCGGUGUCAAUAUUCAGAUUCUAGUCAAGAACUCAUUUCCGAAAUUUAGUUCCAAAGUGCUGGUCUAGAAUCAAGAUUUUGAUCUCAAUUCCAGAUUUCGGUUCCAAAACCCAGGCUUAAAGUCAAGUUCUGGAAUUUUGCUCAGUUCCAGAACUCUGCAAUUCGAAUCUGGCCUUGGAUUCUGGAUGAGGAACUGAAUUUUAGAUCUGGAUUCUGGAAAUCUGGUCUUGGGUUCUGAAAUUUAAUUCUAGACCCUGAAGCCAACAAACGCAUUUAAACUAAAACACAAAAAUCUAAUUAAUGAAAAAGGGGAAAAGUUUUCUAAUUGGCGGCUAUCAUACCUUCACUAAACUUAUUACUUUUGCUUCUAAUUUGCAUAUUUCAACGGAUAAGUAAUUAAAAUAGUACUUUAGUGAGCUUAUUUGUUAAAUUUUCACGGUUGUUGUUUACUUUUCGGUGUGUUUCGCUCCAAUGCGAAGGAUCAACAGCUGAAUGCCGAUGUAAUUUCCCUUUUUACCUUUUUUUUUAUAAAUAUACAAAAUAGGUAUAGAAUUCGUUCAAACUUUAGAAAAAUUUUCCAAGGCUUGGAGGAUCGAGUGACAUAUACCAAUCGAUUCAACUCGCCGAACUGAGCAAAUGUCCGUGUGUGUGCAUGUGUGUGGGUCUGAAGCUAUCCAAAAAGCCAUAGAAUGUUAAAAUCCGUCAAUUUUAAACUAAGAUAUCGAUAUUUUUGUGUAAGCGAUUUUUCGCUUGAUGAUAAAGCGAUGUUUCGGAGCAAAGUGCAACACGAUUUUCAACACGGUUUUAUGCUAUUGUUUCUUAGCACCUAAAAGACUAUGCUUUUUCAUGACGUUCCGAUUUUAGCACGGUUCGUUUUUGGCAACAUAAACGUUCGAACAUGGCAUAUCAGAAAGAUUUGAUGACAGCAUUUUCAAACUCAAAACAGAUUCAUAUUUAUAUUGAUUCAUACUGCUUGCAACAAUAAUUACUGGAAGAACACAACUUCUUACACCCUUUUACCAUUCGAAGAGGUUCGUCGAGAUAAGAAAAUUUGUUUGUGGAAAAUAAUUUCAUUAAUUUUUCUCGGAGAUGGCUUAACUGAUUUCUACGAACUUCGACUCAUAUAAACAGUCCUAUGCUCCUAUAUAACGAUUCUAAAUAUCAUUUGAAUCUGACUUCUGGCUCCAGAACAACAGGAUGAUAUGUGUAAUAAAAUUAAAAUAAUGCCACUCAUAUUGCUCAAACCUCGAACUGGCUGAGCCAACUUUGUCCAUCUAACAUUAAAGGUCUUAAGGUCCCAUAAAAACUGCUUGUAUUUUAUUCAGAUUCGACUUUCAGUUCAGGAGAUACAGGGUGAUUAGUGUAAAAGUUUCAUAUAAAUUUAUCAAUUUUUCCGUCAUACGAUCUUUUUUGGGUUAUGCUGGUCUCUGAAUACCAUUUCUGAAAGUACCAUAAAUAAUGAUAAAAACUUUAAAGAGGAACUCACUUCUGCAUCUCAUGGAUUGCUUGAUCGAUUGUCACACGUUCAGAUUUAAGGGAAUAAUUUUAGGGUUUUUUACUAUUUCUAUCUUCGAUUCGUCGAUUGGUCAUGAAAAUUAUCUAAAUGAAAUCUAAAACCAUCAGAGAAUAUUCACGCAAAAAAAAACAUGCGGAUUGAUAAAAAAAAGGUAUCAUUUCACUGUUAGGUGGACUAGGCACGUUUUUCAAACGAAACUCACACUGCGAACUGAAUUCUGAAACUAAAUUAUUGAAACUGGAACUGGAACUAAGCUCUGUACCGGAACCAAUCGAAAUGAUGCACUUCUUCACUUCCUGCUCAAUCAACUGCGCAGGCUAAAAUGAACGUAAUAUAUGUGUUAACCUUUUACACCUAGCUAACGCAAAAAUGAAAUCUCACUUAUUACAUGAAAACCGUCGGCUCGGGUACGAGAAACGCGUCCUAAGUUUUCUUUGAUACGCGUUGAUGCACGAAUAUUUCAGAAAACUUUAAUUUUGAAUUAUUCGCGAUUAUGUCAUACAACUGAAAAUGUUAUCAUAAAUUGAUGAUCAUAUUUCCGAUGGUAUGUAGUGAACAUUAUGAUGAUACGUUAAAUACAACAAGAGAUAUUUACCCUAAAAAACUUAUCACUCUCUCAGAGGGUAAGUUUUGAAAAGGCACCCCAUAGUAAAGUAAGUCGUAUUCACGACAAAAAAUGUUCUAAAAAUUGGAUGACCAGACUUUUGUUUUUAAUAUGACGUUUCCGUUAAAUUUCAGACUGCUCGAUCGACUUCCAAUAAUAGUUUCGAAGUUGAAAAGAUUCGGAAAAAACUUUCAUGCGAAAAUUUACACCGCCUUUUUUAAAAAUCAGUCUUGAUUCAAAUUGGUCUCUAAUUCUGCGCAAAGCAAAUGAUUUGUCAUACUGAAGAUGGGUGCAAAAUGUUAUUCUAAACUGAACUAGGUGACCUGAUUUUGCUACCUCUUCUGCUGUUAAUUUGUGGAGUUUCUCAGCCUUAACCAAAAGUGUUCAAUAACACCUGCAAUCUGCAAUCGGGACUGGGUUGAGUUUUACUUCAAGCGAAAACGCAACAGAACUGCAAGGAAAGGAUGCCGAGCCUAAACAAGAAAUGGUUUGUUUCGAUGAAAAAAUAAUCAUUUUAAGCAAGAUUCAAUUUUCGUUUUCAAUUUACAAUUGAGAUGAAACCAGCAAAACUGCUGAAACGAGUUUGCUCAGCACAUUUAUAGAAAAAAUUGAAGAUUAAAUUUUCCGACAAAUUGUUGUCGUGAAUACGACUUACUUUACUAUGGGGCGCCUUUUCAAAAUUUACCCUCUGAGAGAGUGAUAAGUUUUUAAUCGUGAAUAUCUCUUACUGUAUCUAAUGAAUCAACAUAAUUUUUGCUACAUGCCAUCGGAAAUAUGAUCACUAUUUUAUGAUAAAAUUUUCAGUUGUGUGACAUAAUCUCAAAUAAUUCAAAAUUAAACUUUUCUUAAAUGUUUGGCAUUAACGAGUAUCGAAGAUGAAAACACAUGACGAUUGUUUGCCUUUCUCGUAUUUUGAAAGCUCAUAGCUCAGUGAUCUGUGAAAGGAUUUAUAUAAUCUAACUACCAAUAGAAUCGAAAUUUUUCAACUUAAACGUGUAUAGCAACAGCAUUGAAGUAUUUCAAUAGUACACUAUUGAAAAACCUGUCUCAUUUGACCAAUGUCAAACCCAGCCAAUCAGAACGCGUUCUGAGGAAGAGAACAAAAUAUCUGCUGCUGUACAACAAAUCGAUCGAGAAAAAUGUUCCGAACAGUGCUUAAUAUCGUAGUGAGUUCCUCAAUUUGGUCCUUCUAAAAGGCAGGAUUGAAUCCCGUACAGCAUCCUAAUAGUUUCUUUCAAUGAAAUGCAAUUCCAAAACGAAAAAAUCGACAUUAAAAUUCUGUAUCUGGCUAUUUUUAUAGCCGUUAGGACCGCCCAUUAGUGAAAAAGCUACAAACGAAACCACGUAAAAAGAAACCUCUUAACAAAAAUUGGAUCAUUUUGGAUUCUAUCGCCAAUGCGAGCAGAUGUAUUGUGUGUCGUUUGCAAAGCUAAUUUCGUUUCCGACAAGAGCGAUUACGUCACAGCUGCUAGUCGUUUACAUUGGUGAAAAAACAAAGAAAAGAGGACAACGUUGGGAAGCAUCACACAAAAUCAGCCGUUUUAAUGGCUCUAAAAGUUUUCUAAAGAACUAUUAGGAUUUCUUGCUCGCAAAUCGAAGGUGAAUAUCCUCAGUUUAGUGCAAAUCUAGAACAGUUUGAUUAGAUUUGUGCACUUUUCGCUGUGUGAAAUUUAUAGUAAUUGAGAUUAAGUGAAGCCUUCUUUGUUUUGGCGAAAAAUGUGAAAAAGGGGAAUGUUUGCAUAAUUCAUACAAUUGAUCAACUAAUUGAUAUUCGGAAGUGUUAAGGAACAUGUCAGUUGUUUUCGUAUUCACGACAUCCAGUUAUGUCUCUGACAUUACCCACCCGUAUUUUUUUAGUAAUUAUAGUAAAUGCUGUCAGCACAAACAGUAACAAUUGCAAUUUUUUUUAUAAAACAAAAAAAACUCUUCAAGUACAAUUUGUUUUCGAUAAGAAAAAAAUUGGUACCAUUGUUCAACAAUAAAUCAACACAUAAAAUUGUUUCGAAUGUAUUGUUUAAACAAAAUCAAGACUAGCGUCACUUAAAUCACUGAAGCUCGGAGACCACUAAUUUUGACAGGUAUCUAUUGGAAAAUUAUACAUAUGAAAUUUUCGCUGGCAACGCCAUCUCUGUAUCAGUCUCGGAAUUUAUUGAACCACUUGUUGCAUUACCUUACUGAUGAGCUCAAAUUCGAUAUCUCCAAAACCAAUAACGAUCAAAACCCAAGAUACGGGCAUUGUUUAAGUUAUGCAUAGGACGCAUGAAUUUUAAUCUAAUAUCAAAUAUCUCAGAAGAAUUCUCUUGGGAUAACACAGCAACAAAUCCUUAGUAUGCCAGUAGUAGCCUAGCAAAGCCAUUCUCCAGCGGCUAGGAUCACUCUCACAGUAAAUUAAAUCUCGAUAUAUCCAAAUCCCAUCCCAAUGGCAUCCCGGCCAACCGACCGAUAUCGACCGCACACCGAUUGGUAGAGCCACGAGGCAAGUUUCCACGUGUUUUCGAUUCAUCCUACACCUUCGCAGAAGGGGCCUCGACCACCACCAGAUCAUCGUUCAGAUCAUCAUCCCCGUUCAGGAAAAUCAUUUGGUCCGACAACAGAAACAAAAACAACGACGAAAAAAUACUCUCGGGAAAUACACCCCGGCAUAAAAUAUUCAAACACUUCCAAUCGAAUCUAGAUAUGUUUGGGUAUUAUUUUCACACACCGUCAGCAAAAGGGGAACCGGUGCGAAAGACCGGAGAUGUGCGAAGGCAGCUCAAGCAAACAAAGCAACAAAUCGCCGGUUGAAGAAGACCCCAGCUCAUCGAGCCCUUUAUCACACAAUCGGACACAUUUCAGCCCUAAUUGUGUGAUAUAUGAUGAUGCGGGGAGUUUUCUUGACCAGAUGGAAAAGAAAACUGAUGCCCACCCACUCCCAACCACCCCAUCGAAUGGGCAGAUCACCGGUCAGGCGAAGAUAGAGAAAGAGAAAGAGAGAGAGAGAGAGAGAGAGAGAGAGAGAGAGAAAGAAAGAAAGAAAGAGCAAUCGGUGAACGGGACUGCACUUUCCGACUCCGUUUCCAUUAUUCACGAACGAGCACAGAUGGAGGGAGAGAUUCGUAAGCGGAAAAUGAUUCCACUCGUAAGUGAAAUUCAGUUCUUGCCCCGUCCCCCCGGCCGGUGUUUGUAGGUUACGUCAAAUAGAAUUUCCCCGUACCAAACCUAGUUACUAGCGAAGGGAAGAAAACAUUCAUCAGAAGAAUUGAGAGGCGAGAAAGCAAAAUAAAAGCGAAAAUUAAAGCGCACCAAGGCAGAACAAGUGAAAAGUUUUUUUUCUACUACGUUGUUACAGUUUCUAGCGAGAAGGAGUUGCCACGGUUGAAGAAAUCGGAAAAAAGAAAGAAUAAAAACGCUUCAACAAGAUCAACAACUUAAUCCAAUGAAAGAAAAAAAAUAAUACCAGUCAGGUAAUGUAAGCUACGUUAGCAAUGUAAGUAAAAACUCUCGAAAAUCAAUUCUACCUGCCCGAUAACAGACGAUUUAAAAUAGUUUCCGUGAAAGGUUAUUCUGUUCAAUUUACAACUAGACAAUAAAAAACAGCGGAUAAUGCCGACGAAAAUGGUAUCACGUUUUUGGUUGUAACCCUUUCGCCGUGUUUUGUUUGUUUUUUUUUUCGCUUGUUUCAGUUUUACUUCUGUUGGGUGGAGGGAGGGGUGGGAAUUCUUUUUUUUUUAUUUUCCCCGUGCCGGGCCGCUGUUGCUGUUGGUAUGCUGCACAGCAAAAGACCGAGAACGGUUUCAUUCAGCUAAAUUCACAACAAAUUGAAUUAAUUGAAACAUUCUUUUACCAUUUGCACGCGGGAGCUGUUUCGGUUUGGAGCACAGCGAAAGGCGGGCGGAUAUAAAUGUUCUCUCACUACCUACGGUAACAAUGAACAGCUGCAGAGAAAAUGGUCGGUCGAGUCCGUGUCAAGGACUGAAUUUUUCUAUGUUUAUUGCGAUCAGAGGAAUGAGUAGUAAAAAAAUCGGAACGGAAAUAUUUUUCUUCACCUUCCAAGGAAACAUUAAAUAUGUAUUUUUACGACCCUGAAGAUGAUGACAUCGUUCUUCGAAACGUUGAUCAGUAACACGAAAUUUAACAAAAAAACACUUCUGUGACGCUACAUAUUUCCUGGAAACAUAUCCUUUCUGGAGUAGGCAUGACCAGUUUAAAAUCCCGUGAUUCAACCUUCAUACGGAUGUAUUUCUCCGCCAUCUUAUCAAGCCAUAGGUAUUUUGGCUUCCUCGGUCGAAUUUAAACGAGCCGACAAAUAAUCAUAACACAUGGAUCAAUAAGUCCCGAGACUAACAAUGGAAACAACAUUUUUUUUGUAAAAUUUUUUUUUAUUCAUCAACAUAAUCACCUUUUAGGGUGAUACAAUGGUUUUCCCAAUUUUUCAAUACCAUGUUUAUAAAAAAAAAUUAUCUUUCGCUUCAAAAUAAGCUUCAGUUUCAGCGAUGACCUCCUCAUUUGAGCCAAAUCUUUUUUCCCUGGAGCAUUUUUUUAAGAUCAGCAAAGAGCCAGUAGUGACUGGGGGCUAAACCUGGCGAGUAUGGGGGGUGGGGAAGCAGAUCAAAGCCCAAUUCGUUCAAUUUCGCCAUUGUUUUCAUUGCAGGGUGCAUUUUGUUCCAUCGAAAGCAAUCGCGGCACCCACUUGGAAAAAAAAAACUUUUUCAUGCUCAAUUUUUCAUGAAGGAUAGUAAAUACACUUCCAUAUGAUAUCUGUGCCAUCUCAGCAAUCUCACGGAGCUUCACUUUACGAUCUUUCAUUAUAAUUUUUGUCACUUCACUCACAUUUUCCGGUGUAACGGCUUCCACAGGUCUACCCGAGCGUUCCGCGUCGACAAAUCGUUGCUUUUGAUGGACAAGAGUCCGGAUAGCAUUUUUCAAUCAAUUGUUUCGCUUGCACGGUGUUUUUACCCAUUAAAAAACAAUGUUUUAUCAAAACACGAAACUCGGUUUUUUCCAUUUUUUAAACAAACUACAAAACGACUUUACUCCAACCUCGAUAACUCAGCUGUUUCUGGUCGGAUCGACUUAAAAUUUUGACCCGUUUCAAGCAAAGGUUAGAACUCUAGAAAGACGUAGUUACUGGUUUACUACGAGCGCCAUCUCUGCUUUAGUCUCGGGACUUAUUGAUCCAUGUGUUAGGUCUUUGCCUUACAAAUUACGCCUUUAAGAAAGGUAUAAACUACUAGCCAAGAGAAUUCAUGAAACCCGUUUGUGUACGUUACAUUUCGAUAGUCUCUUUUUGAAUACAGUAUAACAGUUUCACUAGGCGUAAAAAGUCCUAGAAACGCAACAAAUCCCGUUCAGCAACAAAUAUGAUAAAAUAACCGAAUAGCCUUUACCCAUCCUGAAACAGAUAAAAGGCAAAGAUGAAAAAAUGUACAAAUACGCGAUCUGUGAACCAAAUGACCCGCUAGCCACACUGAAAAGUAAAGAAAACGCUUAAAAACUGUGUGUUUAUUGCCGGUUACUCCAAGAUUUUUUCAAAUUAUGCGCUAUUUUUCCAUGAAAAAUUUAUUUGUGAAGUAGCUUCUCUUAAGAAACACUUUAACACAUAAAGAUUGUUCAUUCUACACGAAUUUCCAAAAUCGUGUUCUGGCAUUUUCUACAGAAACGAUUACCGAUAAAACUGGCUUUUGAUUCGGCUCCGUUCGAUGAGAUCGGUAAGAAUAAUUUGAUGUUUUAUUGAUUGCUUUCGAUGAGAAUAAAGAAACCUGUAUUGCCAUUUUUUUGUACCGUUCAACGUUUCGGCUUACUCUUCUUCGGCCAUCGUCGAACGCGUUUACAAAAAAUUCUCACUCCUCUUUUUUUAUCGACGGCCAUUCGCAUACUUUAAUACUUCAAUGCUAGUUUACUAUGAGGCGACUUUUCAAAAUUUACCAUGGAGCAGAAUGUGAAUUUUUUAUCGCAAGCAUUUAGAAUUUUACUUACGAUAUCAACAUUAUUCUUUUCACGUACUAUCUGCAAUAUUAUCAACUAUAUACUACACGAAACGAGAUGUCCCAGACCUAACAAAGAAAAAGUCUUUUUUUUACACUGAAAACUAUUUCAUUCCUCAGUAUAAUCUCCUUCUAGAGCGAUACACUUGACCCAUCGGUAAUCCAACAUUUUGAUGCCCUUUGAAAAAAAAACGAUUUGUCAAGCCUUCCGUUUCUGCAAUGACCUCAGCAUUCAACGAAAAUUUGUUUUCCUGUAGAAACCUUUUUAGGUUUGAAAAUAGUUGAAAAAGUCACUGGGGGCCAGGUCUGGAGAAUACAAAGGAUGGUGGAAAUCAAAUCAUUCAAUUUCACCAUUGCUUUUAGGCACGAACGCGCUGGUGUGACAUUUAGGAUUUCUGGAAAUUCAGAGCCUGAGGCUGGUUUCUAAUUCUGUUUCACAACUCAUGAUCGGAAUCCAGAUCAAAACUUAAGUUCUAGACUUCUUAAACUGUACUUAUUCUAAGAAUUCAAGUUCUGAAUUUAUUACUAGAACUGGGUUCUGAACUUGAGUUCCGAACUUGAAUUAAAGAGCUCAAUUCAGUUUCAAAAUCUAGUUCCAGAACCUCAGUUACGAAUCUAAUUCUAGCAUACAAGUUCUGAAUCCUGGAACUGAAUUUAGGAAUCAAAAUUUUGUUCCGUUCUAUUUCUGAUUUUGAUCCAGAAUUCAGAUCUAGAGUCCAUAUCUUGAAUUUUGUUCCAGAAGUUGAUCUCCUGAAUCAGAGUUUUGAACACGGAUUCCGAACUUAAAUUAUGUUACCUAAUUCAAGUCCAAAAUCUAAUCCAGAAACCAUUUCCAAAAAUCUGAUUUCAGAGUCUAGAAUCAGGACUCAGUUCCAGAGUCUUAGUUUGAACUUUUAAAUCUGCCUUCUGGAACUUAAUUCAGAAACUGAAACUAAAUUCAAAAUCUUAAUUUAAAUUAAGUUCAGAAUUUAGAUGGACCAGAAGCUAGGCUCUAAAUUCGGUUCAAAUAUUCAGUCUUAGAAUUCAGUUACAGAAUCCAAUCGAUUGCACUUUUAAUACUUCAGAAAGACAGACGUAUAAUGACCACUAAUGAAUGAUUUAUUAAUUUCAGUUUGUUUGACGUAAAGCCGCCAUAACUAAGUUCAGUUUUUGCAAUGACUGAGUGGAAACAUAUAUUGGAGAAGCCAAAUGAAUGAAAAACUAACGGGAAAGAUGAUUUAUUGGAGAAAGACACGUUCCGAGACAGGACUCGAACCUGCGUUCUUAUGCAUUCCGUGCAUACGCGCUACCAUUUCGCCACUCUGAACCUUGUUAUUAGACACUCUAACACGAAGUCAGACAUGGUAGAACGUACAUCAAACAUAGUCGACAUCCUGGCCUGAGCGGAAGAAAACCAAUGUUUGAUGGACAGAGACGAUGUUUGUAUGUAUGGUAUCGGUCAGGUGACGGACAGAAAAUCCUUGAUCUCUCCAAAAACAAAUUCAAUGAAAUUAUGAAUAAUUUAACAUACAUUGAACAACAUUGCAUCCAAAACAAACGAAAAGAGAAGAAGCGUUUUCGUCUCUCUAACUGCAACAAAGGAGAGUAUCAAUGCCAAUGUCACUCGUUCCUCUACGACAAGACGAAAACAAAAUAAUGUCAACAGGGAUUCACGCAACCCGAAUGACCUUAAGGUUAGAACUUCUACUAUCGAAACGAAAACAAAACAUCUGCUGCGAGAAUCAGUCGAAUUUCAAUUCUCAUUCUUUCAUCGAUAUAAUGAAAAUAUGAUGUUUGGUUAUGAAGAAUGUCAAAAUAUGAUAAAUCGAAGUUUCCUCUCAUAUAAUUUAUUUUACCCCGGCUUUAACCUUUUUGAUCAUUCACCAGGGGGUAAGUCGAAGUAAUUACACCCUGCAAAAACAUUUAAUAUUGUGGGGAAAAAUUACAUGACAUGAUAUUUAAUGAAAUAAAAAAAAUAAAUACUGAUAGAGACUGCGGCGACUUGAACCAAUAGUCAUUGGAUUACAAAGUACACCCGUUAGUCAACUGAGCUACAGAAGCACACUUCUGCUUGACUGGUAAAUGGUACGUAUAAAUUCAAACAGAAGCACCUUGACAUUUUUGUUUCAUGACAUCGGAAAUACGAUAAGCAAUUUUCGAUUAAAUCAACAGUAGUAUGAGAUAACCAUCUUCUAUGUAAAGUUUUUAGUUUUCAAAAUCUUUAGGAAUCAAUGGAUAUCAAAUGGAGAAACGCAUCGCGAGCUAGGGUUUUUUCAUGCACGGACGACGAUUUUGAACACUCCCGCGUUUCAGAAUUCAGGAUUUGGUUCAGAAUCCAGCUUCAGUACUCAGUUACAGAAUUAAAGCUCCAGUUCCAAAUUUCUUUUCGAAAACUAAGGUCCAGAAUCCAGCUCCAGAACUCAGCUCCAAAAUUGUAUUGUCUUAGGCUGCAGACAGAGUGGGCGCGAGAAGCUGAGCCGAGCAGGUGACUGACAUUAACAAACCAAGAGCGGGAAUAAUACAUACUAGCAGCAAAUGAACCCCGGCUUUAACAAAGGGACCCUGUCAGAGUACAAGCGAGAAAUCUGCUCAGCUUUCACUCUGACAGGGUUCCUUUGAUAUACUGUAAGUACAUUUCUCGCUUUAGUCAGCGCCAAACUCGGCUCAGCUUCCGGCCUCUACUCUGUCUGCAGCCUUACUCUAGCCCGUCGUGGCAGUUUUGAUCAGUUUCGCGUUCCAGAAUCCAGGAUUCGUAUUCGAAAUUCAGUUCCAGAACUCAGUUCCAACAAAUUUCUUGCUCGGAAAACCGGGCUUUGAGCAUUCCCACGUUUCAGAAUCCAGUACUCAGUUACAGUGUUACAGUUACCAAAUUCAGUUCCAAAAUCCAGAUUCAUAAUUCAGAUCCAGAAUCCAGGUUAAUUUUGUGCCAGAAUCCAGAUCUGGAAAUUAAUUUAGUUGAAAAUACAUUUCUUGAAUUCAAUUUCAUAUUUAAGUUCCAGAAUUCAGCUUUGGAAGCCAGGUCCUGAAUUCAUGUCCAGGAAACAUUUAAGUUCUACAACUCAGUACCAGAAUUCAGUUGAAAGUUCCGUCCGGCGCAAAUUCCAUUUGUGUUAACGAAGUUGAAGUUGGAUUUUGGACUGAGCCUGAAAUUACCAAAUUACUGAUCCAGGCCUAGAUCCUGGUUGUGGAAUUGCACCUACCAUAUUACUGAUCUCGAUUCUCGAUCAAGGAUUUAGAAAUCCAAAUCCUGUAUCUGGAACUAGAACCGGGCCUACACUUUCCAUGUUACUGAUCCAGUUUUCAGAUCCAGUAAUACGGUAGCAUCAGAUCCAGUUCCGGCACUUGGAUUUGGGCCAGUAAUAAGUCCCGCCCCAACUGCUUUUUCGUAUUGCACUCGACAGUAUUUAGCGCCAAACGACUUCUUUUAUUCGUAUUCAGGUCAUCCGGUUAUGUCUUUAAAAUUACUCACUCGCCUUUCUUCUUAGUUAUCAUUUAAACGGCUGAAUGUAAAAAUCAGAUAGGUGCAACUAAGUUUAGAAAACUCGUUUAUAUAUUUUCAAGUGCAAAACUCGGAUAAAAACAUUGAGAGCAAAAACCAAACACGGAUUUUCGAAUGCAAAAGUCGAUUCGAAACAUUUCUUUUUUGCAACUUUGAAUGCUGAAACCGAAUAAAAACAUGUGUUCGGAAGAAUUGACUAAGUUUUAACCCGGUUUUGGUAUUCAAAGAUGAUUGGUUUUAAAACGAUUGUUGCAUAGAAAAAUUCUCCCGGGUUGGCGGUUCAAUGCACAGGACGCUGGUCUUACAAGCCAGUUGUCGUAUGUUCGAGCCCCGAUCUGGAAGGAUUCUUAGUGUCACACUAAGAAUCGGCUGCGAAGUCUGUUGAAACAGAAAGGCCAAAUUCCACAAAAGGAAUGUUAUGCCAGGACUUUGCUUUGCAUAGAAAAAUCCAAGUUCACUUUUUGCUGCUCUCUCGCUUAUGCGUUUUAAAUCGGGAUUUUUGGACUAAGUUUCACCUAUCCAAUUUUUGCAAUCAGCUUAUUCGUUUCAUGGAUAUUUCAAGACAAAAUUAGAACAAAUUAAUGACAAAACUUAUUUGUAAAUUUUAUUUUCCUUCAUACCGACAUCACAAAUAAUAACAAAACGAUCGACUUGAGCCGUGGGUUGUCAUGGGAGCGGUUCACGUCACCGAAAGCCGUUUAGUCGAAAGUCAUUUCGCCGAUGAUCUGAGUCAAAGUCAGCAUGUGUAAUCGGUUCACUACAAAUGUGACUUUGAUCUGUUAGAACCAGAUCAAUUGUAGAUGGGUUUUUCACGGAAGAGAAACAAGUCGGAUUACUGGGAUGAAGAACUGUAAAGUAACCAGCUGAGAGUUGAUUAUGAAGUAUUUUACCAUUACUGUUAUUUUGCCUACAAUUCCACUGGACAUGCUUAGCAUUUAAGUCCCCUAUUACGAAAAAUUUCGGUCGAUACCUUGUGAGUUUUUGCAAAUCGCCUUUAAAGAAAUUUAAUUGUUCGCCGGUGCAUUAGAAUGGCAAAUAUGCUCCAACGAUGAAAUAAAUUCCAUGAACGGUUUCAACUUCGAUUCCCAAGCUUUUAAUAACUUUAGUAUUGAAAGAAGGUAAAAUUCGAUGUUUAAUUUGCCGUUGGACAAAAAUGUCAACUCCACCACCCAUUCCAGUAAACCUGUCAAAUCGAUGAACCACAUAAUGUGGAUUACUUUUCAAUUUGACAUUUGGUUUAAGGAAAGUUUCUGUCACAAUGGCAAUAUGCAUUUUGUGAACUUUUAAAAAAUUAUAAAAUUCAUCUUGACUCGAUUUCGAAGAUCGAGCAUUCCAAUUUAAAAUAUUCAAAUAAUUAUUUAACAUCGCUGUUAAAUUUUAAAUUCAUUAUAAUAUUAUUUGCAAAUUACUAUCCGAUUUGAAAUGCUUCAAAAAGUGAUGAAUUCGAAUUCAUUCGGAUGAUCAUUUGAAAAAGUUGAUCUUGCAGGUAGAUCAUUUUAGUUUCAGUUAUAUCGCCUAAAUCGACUUCAUUAAAAGAAUCGAAUGGCAUUGAAGACAUAUUGGUAGGUAGACAGCCAUUAGAAGAAGAUAAUAUGGCCGAUCUACCAAUUAAUCAAUUGUUUUCGUUAGAAGAUGAACUGCAAGGCGGUCCUGUGUUUUGAUUAUUUUCAUUAGAAGAAUUAAGUGGUAGAUUUCUACCUGUUACACUAGCGUAACUGACAUUAGAAGAAGAUGGUGACAAGGUCGAUCUACCUGUGAAUAAAUUGUUUUCGUUAGAAGACGAAUUGGAAGGCGUACCUGUUUUUUAAGGUAAACUUAAGGUCGUUGAUUUGACUUGUUGUCUAAGCGAAAAGCAUUUUUGAAAUGAAUGAAAUUUUAAAUUAAAUUAACUUGGCUAAACUAGUCUUCGAUUAGACUCCUAGUUUGGGAAAGUCUUGAUAAAAACUGAUUUUGUGGUAGUCUUAAUAAACACUGAUUAGUACGAAGAAUAGUUCUUUGAAUAGCUAGCCUUAAAAAGGCUGAUUAAUUUCUUAGUCACUCUAAUAUCACUCUUUGUAUGGCCUUGAGAAAGGCUGACUAAUUGUCUUUAAAAAGACUGUUAGUGAUUCAGGUAGCCUUGAAAAAGACUAAAGCCUUGAAUCAAUGAAACUCUAGGUAGCCAGAAAAAAUUUCCAGGAGUCAAGAGCUAUACGCGUGCGGUGCGAACGACUGUUCAACACCGACUGAGUUGCCGUAUGUUCGAGCUCCGAUCUGGAAGGAUUCUUAGUGCCAGUAGUAGAGCUUAAAAUUGUCACGCAUUCUCAAUGCGUGAAUCCGAUCCAAUAUUUUACUGUCUCAUUCGUAAAUGACCGACACCAAAACAAAUGAAGAAAGACGAAUCAUUCUCGAUUCUCAUGCAAACAAGAGAGAGUAUAAUUGCCAACGUCACACUUUCCUCUAUGACAAGACGAAACCAAACUAACGAGCAUCAGCAGAAUUUCAAUAAUCAUUCUUUCAUCGAUGUACUGAAAAUCUGUGACGCUUGGCUCUAAAUAGUGACUAAAAUAUGACAAAUCGAAGUAAUUACAUCCCAGAACCUCUUUGGAAACCAAAACUACUACAAAUUCGAGCACCAACAGGUAAAAGUUAUUGUGAAGCCUUUUUCUGUCAUUUUCGAUUCUCACAGCUUCGGUUGAAUAUCGACUAUGGGAUUUUCACUGAAAACUGCAAAUGACUGAAAGGACAAAUGAAAGAAAAAACACAAUUUUGAAACUACUGUCCCGCUUAUGUCAUUGGCUGGACAUGGAUUUCGUUCUCAUAGUUUGCAAGCGAAGCUGAGAGUGACAGUAAUUUCUCGCCAUUUUCGUCUAUUUCAGUCAAUGAAAAUGACUUUCAUUAGCUCUGGUCAGUAGAAUCUUAGUACUAGCCGUGCCAUGAUUCUGUACGCUAAGAAUCGGCUGCCAAGUUUGUUGAAACAGAACGACCAAACUCCACGAAAGGAAUGUAAUGCCAAGACUUUGCUAUGCUAAUUAGGCUUCAUGAAGAAACUACGAACUUUUUAGUUUACGAACUGUUUUGAAAUUUGUCUAUAGUUAUAGCUUGUCGUUUAUGUUGAGAAAGUUAUCCCUUCGCGAUAGCUCGAUACUGGUUAGUUUGGUGGAUUCGCCUCCUUCGGAAAAACAUGUGCUCCAUUCUCUUUAUACCAUUCCAAAACAUCUUUGUCGUAGUGACAAGAUGCUAAAUCAAUCCAGAAUAGAGAGAGAGAUAGAACGUCAUGGCUACGUAGGAAUGUUAACAAUCGCUUCUUUAGGCAUUCAUUCCGGUAUAAUUCCUCGCUAACCGUUCCGGUAGUAAUGAAACUUUGGCUUGUUCGUCCACAGCUGCAUAUUGCUUGCCAAACUAAAUAUUGUUUCAGGACACAUAACCUUUUCAUUCGUCGCGAAAUGUUCCUCCACGCCGUUCGCAGUAUAGAACAACAUUUCGGAAAACUGAUUUCCAGUACAUAAGUCCAUUAUCAUGCAGGAAAAAUUCGCAGUCAAAUAUUCGCCAUACAAUUUACGAAACCGGGUUUUAGCCGUUACAUUCUGUUUAUUAUAACGGUUCGGUACAGCUUACAGGAGACAUUUUUUUUUCUUCUUCAAUAUUUGCAACAUUGGCUCUAAUAAAGAAUAAUUACUACAUAAAUAUGAUAAAUUGGGCAACCUCUUGGUUUUUUUGAAUUAAGACAAAUGUAAAAUUCGGUGAAAUGUCAUUUGGCAAAAGGACUUUCUUUUACUUGACUAAAUUAUAACACAAAGUGGAUACAAGCCAAAAUAAUUACAUUCGCAGGGAUGUAAAAUGUACAAAGUUUCGAUUGGAAUAGCAUUGAAAGUUCGGUCACAUAUCGGCUAUACUAAUUGUUUGUACUAGGACCUGUCUGUCUGUGGUCUUCCCCGGUAGCACCUCUAGAACUCUAAUUAUCAUUUACUGAAAACCACACAAAACCAAAGCCCCGGUACUACAUUCUACAACCUGGCUCGUUUUUCAAUCCAAACUGAUCUCGUAGUACAAAGAGUACCGGUUGCUCUGGAUUUAUUUACCCUUGGGACAAUUGCAGUGGACAACAACACAGACAAAAAAAUACUUUUAACGAAAGCUCUCAUUACAUUUACAAGCUAUGCUAUGUUAGUUUUUUUUUGUUUUGCCUUGAACCAUCGUAAUGAUAAAAUUCCAUUGCUAUCCAGUGAAGCUGCUCUUCUGCUAUUUUCGCUCCAUCUAUACUGAAAUGCAAAUCCCAGUGCAGCAUAUUAUCCGUUCGCCAUCGCCAUCACCGCGCUUACAUUUUUAACGAAUGCAGAUUUUUUUUCAUUCUAUUUUCUUUUCUACCUUUCCUCCACGGGAUCCACCACCAUCAUGUUUUGUAUCCGCGUUCGCUGUCAUAGCAAUCAGAUUGCUCAUUAUUUCCUCCCCGUUCCAGUGUCGCAUAAUCCAGUAAUGUUGCAGAGGGGCAAACUGCAAGACUAGCACGGGAUCGACGAAAGACAGAUGAUUAUAACCUUUGUGCAAACUUAAGAAGGCCCCUGCAGGCCCAAAAAAAAACUAUUCGAACGUGCUAAACGAAAUCUGUACAGAACCCAGAGAUUCAUGUUAUCCGUUUUACGUGACUCCUCCUCGAUGUUCCGCAGUGCGAAUCGGAAAGCAAUCUUUCAGGGGGGAGAAAAAUUAAAUCACUGUCUGGAUGGAAGCAGACAAAAAAAACGUCAGACCCCUCGAACCCGCGGAUUACCAGCACUAAUUGAAUGUUCGUACGUGUACUGCGUGUUAGCCAGUGUGAAAACCAUAUAUCCGUAUCAACGUAAUACCGAAAUCUAUGAGAGCAUAGUGAACCCCGGACCUAAAGCAAAGAUUUCUUCGAAAAUAUCAAAAAUACAUGAACUGAAAUAAAUGACACACAUGUAUUAGUAAAAUUUCGAGAUAGAGAGAGAUAGAGAGAGAAAAAAAAAACAAAACAAAAUCCAAAAUAGCCUAGAAAAUAUCGUAACUGAAAUUCAAACUUAAUUCAAGUGCUUUUCCCCUAGCUCCAAUUGUUUUCCUUUUUUUUUGCUGCCGUGAGUGAGGCAGAGCCCAAUUGAAAAGUAAUUGCCAACAGUUUUAUUUUUACUACCACACUUUUACUCGCGCCUGUAAAUUAAAUUACGGUAUAAAAAGAGAGAUUGUGAAUGAAUGCAAAUUAAAAAUGAGAGACACAUGCAACAAAACGCAAACAAAAAAAAAGUGCUCCGCGCCACAAACGAAAUAAAAGAAGAAAAAUUCAAUUAUUAUCAUGCAGAGAACGUCUCGAAUGUGCGAGCUGUUCAAGUGUGACUUGUAGAGUGUAGAGAACGAGUAGUAGGAAAAAAAAUCCGUUUUAAUGAUAAAGCAAUAAACUGUACGAUCAGGACCGUGUGGUGACCGUAGUAAAGAGAAAGCUAGAGAUAUAGUUAGUGUGGUACGAAGUGGACACGACUUUUCGUGAGCCGAAUCGGAUGAUAGACAAAUGGACGACGGGUGGUAUGUGAACAGUCGGUGAGUUUUUUUCUUUUCGCGUAUGAUCAUCGUUAUACAUUUAUAAUGUAAUGCAUUUUAAUUUUAUUUCAUUUUCUUAACUUCAACUAUAGAAACGUUCCCUGAAAGAGGAAAAGAAUUUCAGCAAUAACAAAAAUUUCACAGAAAUUCUGAAACAACAACAGUUUUCGAUGAACCAUUUUAUUUGUGUUAAAACUCUGGGCAGCCAACUGUCGAAACUCAACAUUAUGUUUCCCAAACAAUAGUAGAUCGUACGAUUCAACCGAAACAUUUUUUGUGUUCAAACUCUGGGCAGCCAACUGCCGAAAUUUAACAGUACGUUACCGAACAAUUGAUUGUUCGGGUAUUUCCAAAAUCUCUUUCUUGUGGCCAAGACGAGAAUUUAAACACACUAUUAAAUGCAAAACACAGACCUUGCUGUUGUUUUGAUGACAAUCUUGCUUUUCUUAGCAUCUUCGAAAAAUCAGGGAAAGUCAGGGAAUUUAACCUGCAUAAAAUGAAUUUUCAGGAAAUCAAACGGAUAACAAACGCAUCAAUUUAUAUACAACGAUUUUUUUUUCUUUUAUACGCUAACUUUCCAGUUCCUAACAGUUUGUUCGGACCCCGACCACCAGCCAUGCAAUGGUUCUAUACGUUAAGAAUCGCCAGCGAAGUCUGUUGAACCAGAAGGUCGAAUUCCAUACAAAGAAUCUAUUACCAAGGCUUUUCUCCGUUGUCUCACCGAACAUCGGCAAAAAUUUAUUUGUGUGAUCAAACUCUGGGCAGCCAACUGUCGAGACGUAACAGUACUUUUCUCAAACAAUAACGCUGUAUCAACUGAUUUAAUUUCAUUUCCACGACUCGGUAGACAACUCCAUAGUUCAAGGCGAACAGUGGAGUUGUUACGGUUAUAAAGACUGUCCCAGAAAGUAUGGACGCACUUUGAUUUCGCUGUAAAUAAUUCACAAGUGUUAGAUAUUCAAAUUUUAUUCGAUAUACUGAUAAUAUUAGACCACAAAAACAGACUAUUAUUUUCAACAUUUGCUACUUAGCCAUUGUAGACUAGCAGGCGCACCUUCUUGCGAACGUUGACACUUUUUUCCAAUCUGUUGAAUGGUUUCGGCUGCCGAGACAUGUUUCCUAAGAUGUGCCUUCGUUGAUGCCCAAAAUUUCUCACUUGGUCGAAGUUGUGGGCAAUUUGGUGGUUUCAUGUCUUUUGGGACGAAUGUGACAUUACCAUUCUACCGUUAAUUUCGAGUAGUGGCAAGAAGCAAGAUCUCGCCAGAAGACAAUAGGAUCCUUGUGGCUUCGAAUCAUGGGUAGAAGUCGUUUUUGUAAACAUUCUAUGAUGUAUAUUUCGCUGUUCAUUGAAGCAGUGGCGAUGAAGGGUUUCGAAAUCUUACCGCAGCUACGAAUUGCUUGCCAGACCAUAGCUUUCUUACCAAAUUUUUUGGCUUCAAUCGAUGUUUCGGACUGAUUUAACACUUGCCCUUCUCGCACCGUAUAAUAUUGUGGUCCCGGCAAGGAUUUGUAAUCGAGUUUCACGUAGGUUUCGUCGUCCAUGCUUUCAAACCCUCGGCCUGAUCGAUGCUUCUUGUUUCGGACUACGUUUCGGUUGUUUCUGCUUCUUAUAGGAUCGAAAAUUCAAACGUUCUUUAGCACGAAGAACAUUUGACUUCGAAGUGCUCACUUUUUUGGCCAAAUCCCGCACUGCUCUUUUGCUCGAACGCCUUCAGUAUACGUUUGUCCAACUGAGGGUCAGCAGGACCUUUUUUUUGACCCGUUUUCGGUUUAUCCUCAAAGGUGUUAUCCUCACCGAACUUCCUGAUUGCAUUUCGCACGGCUCUUUCACUUUCUCCUUCAAUUUUUGCUCUCUUUCUCAGUGACAGUCCGCGUUCUGUGCACCAUUUGAACACAAUUUUUCGACGUUAUUCUGCUGAAAGUCCACGCAUUUCGAAACAAACUAAUGAAAACGAAUAAACAACUGCACAAGUGGUUAGAGAAGAGUGUAAACAACAGGACGCAGCCAUAAAAAUUGACAGAUUCUGAACCAUUGCAAAAUGGCAGUGGUUUUUGGUUGCAUCCAUACUUUCUGGGACAGUCUUUAGGAUCGUUAGACAAGUACAAGUUAGCACAAGUGACGUAACCGACAAAUUAUUUCAGAUAGUGACCUAUGAUCACGUUCAAAUGUGUUAUUGCUGAUAGCUUGGUCUGAGAAAUGUUGCCAAACAUGUGACGCUGAAACAUGCUUUUGUGAACUACCCGAAUCAAUUUGAAUAAAUUGGGCUUGAAGGUUAGCCAAAAUUAGUAUCAGAAAUUGUCUCAAUAAAUACGCGAACAAUAUUUCAAUGAGACUGUGUCGAUGAGAGAGAAUUAAGAACAGUUUACUUUCAAUAGUUGUGCUUAAUUCUACGGAAGAAUUUAUUUUCAUCCGUUUUUUUAGCGUUUAUGAUUAGUUUUAUGAGACAAAACCUUGCCUUUUAAGCCUAUAGUUUGGAUGAAAUAAAUAAAAAAUUUUGUAUUGUCGAUUAAUCUACAAUUCUGCUCUUGCAGUAUGUUUGAUAAAUGAAAGAAAAUUACUUAAAAUGAUCGAUCAUUUCACACCUGAUUGCACCUGAUAUCACACUUCAAAUUCAGCACCUGAUAUCACACUUCAAAUUUAAGCAAUAAAAAAAAAAUUUUCUCGGCAGCCUGCUGACCAGACCAUCCAAUCAACAAAUUUUGUUCGUGGAAAUAAUAUAUAAUCGAGACGCGUGUGAGCACCUUUGCAUAGUAACUCCUAAAAUGGUUUGAUAUAAUAGAACAGUACAUGUUAGAUAGAGCCUUCGAAAGAUUUCGAAGGUCACCAAUAUGAAUCUAUUCGUUUUCAUAAACCACUCGUUCUGACGUGAAUACAUCUAGAAUAAUUAUGUAGAAAGUGAUAAGUUUCUAGAGUUUCACUAGGGAUAACGAUACAAUUGUUCUUCCGUACCAAAUAAAAUUUAUUUAGUAAUUUAUAAUCGAUUUGGAUAACUACCAAUCAAUUCGAAAACAUUCGAAAAAUCUGUUCGAAGUGGCCAUGUUUUCACGAGCCAAUCACAGCACGACCCGUAAUGAUGUCAUUCUCUAGAUUCUUUUAACACGGCCGAUUCAGCUCAAUCUAUGUUAGGCAAUGAAUAAGAGCGAAUACUUUUACGGUACACUGUUAUUCUCCCUCUAAUAUGUGAGUUCGAACGAGUUUUCGGUGACUUGAUCAAGUAUUAUUUGAUUUCUUUUGUCGCACAUUGGUUCUGUUUGUGAACACCGGCUUACUACACAUUUUAUUUCCCUGGCAAAUAAUAAGCAAAUAAACGGCAAAUAAGUAUGCAUUUCCAAUGAAAAAUUUUGCGUUUUGCUGUCAACCUUUAUCAGUUCUAAAUCUGUUAGUCAUAGAACAAAGAUAUGCGGGUUGCAAGAUUUUCAUUCAAAUUGACAGUAUUGGUCCUUGUCAAAAAUUAUUAUACUCGUAUUUCAGGUUUAGCGAUCCGCCUAAUGUUCCCAUGCAGCUACCUCAUCAAGAGAAAGUGACUUCGAAUUUCAGAACUACUAUUUACAUUAAAAAAUUCUGAUGACAGAUUGGCGCCAAAGCUGGAGCUAUUCGACCAACAAGUGUCAACUUCUUCAAAUUCCCUCAUCCAUACAAAAUUGUUAAUUACAAUAGGUGUAAAAAUAACGAUUUUUCAAAAAUUUGAAUUCUUUCGUGAAAAAUUGGUGGAAUAUUUUUCAUUCAAUAUGCUGUGGUAUAUUUUAGUUUAGGCGAAUCCAUAUUUUUUCUAUGCUUUAAAAAAAUAAAAAUAGAUAUGUUUGCUUUCGACAAUUCCAUCAUUUUAACUCAACAUCAUUAGCACUCGUUUUGACAACCAGUACCUAAUCGUGUCCAACUUGCUAUCAUUUAUCAUCAUCUUGCUCACUAAAACAAAUGAUCCAAAUUCUAUUCCAACCUCUCCCUGUUCCAGUCACUUAAUUACGUCGGAUCCCUAACUGAACCCCGUUGUCAUACGGAUUACUUACUACUUACUAAAAAGCUCACAAACAAUUUCCGAGGAAAUCAGCCUUACUUCCUUACUUGGCAAACGAAGCAAAGCGGGUGACAGUGGAGAAAAAAAAACAACUAAACAAAAACAGCAACUACCGGGUCGGCGUCUUCCGGUGAUGCUCCCAGGGGUCAUGUUGCUGUUGUUUUAUUAUUCCCAUUAUUGUUGUUGUUGUUGUUGUUGUUGUUGUUGUUGUUGUUGUUGUUGUUGUUCUUGUUAUUAUGAUUAUUUCCUGUCCUCUUCCUACUGCAUAACGGGAAAAGCAAACAAACUGUCCGCUCUUUUUUCACUGUUUCAAUUGCAUCACACCUCGAGCUAUCGUCUCUUCAAGGAGGUAUGCACUGGGAGAAAAAAAACGUAAGGCUGUACAUUCUAGGUUCAAUGGCUGUGCCUACUAUGCUGGAACCUUAUAUCAGUAUACUUUUUGAGCAAAACAUAAGCUGAAACGAGUUUCGGAUGAUGAGAAAUCGAUGCAAUCCAAUGAAUUCCCUCAGUGAAUUCUCUCAGUGUAGACACAAUCUCUGCACUAGGGGAAAAUAUGAACUGUUCAACUUUGAAUAAAAUAUUGUAAUUUUUUAUACCACGCGGUAGUCGUGACCGGAAUUAUUUACUGUUUACUGUUGCAGUGGGAUGGAAUGUUAAUGGAGUGGGUCGACAAACUCCGGAAUUUCACUAGAACAUCGGAUAGUGGCUUGUCGAUCUUAUUAUUAACAUUAUGAACAGUUGUAAAAAUCCAUAGCCUACCUAACGAGUAUUAGUCUCUGAUAUUUGGCGUUUUUAUUCUUGUGCGAGUAUAUUGGUUGCCCGAAAAGACUUAUAGAUCACAGGCUUGUAAAUUUUAACUUUUUUUUCGCGUUUGAAUCAUUCGAUUGUUGAUGCUUUCGAUCAGCAGUUUUCCCAAAGAAUUUUAGGGCACUGCACAACGAAGAUUUAGUCACCUUUCAACGGUAUCACAAUUUUCGAACCGGGAUCAUAUGGGAUUUUUAAUGUGGAUUUUGAAAAUUUGACUACAUUUUCCGAUAGUUCUGAAUCCGAGAACUGCAAACCGGUAACACUGAAGUCUAGAUUCGUUGAGCCGGAAACUAACGUAAGUUUCAGCACACAGAUAAAAAUAUUUUGUGAAUUUACAUUAAUUUUCAUGCACAAACUUUUUUUUUCUGUGCAGUUUUGAACCAAUAUUACGUUUUAAAUGAUCACUUUAAGCGAAAAUUUUAUACUUAAAAAACUUGUUCGGGUCUGUGUGCACAGCAAUAAAAAAAUAAAAUAGGAGGAGGGUGGAGUGUGAUAAGUAAGUCGAUGUCUUUCACGCAGCCCGUCUGGGUUCGAUUCCCAACCCGGCACAUAAGGUCAGAAAGUUUUUCUGGCCCGAAGAGGCGAAUGACCUUAAGGCUAAAACCUCUAUAAUCGAAACAAAACGAAAAUUAAGAAAUUUACAGAUGAUGCUAUUCCCCAUAUGACACAAUUCUUGAAAAGUUAAUACGUAAAAUGACUGAAUUUCACAAGCAUGAUUCAAAUAUGUGUCAAAUAUAUCUCAUCUGACCAGUAGGUGGGCAAAUAAACAUAUUUCAGCACGUAAAAAUAUGUCAGAAUGCAUAUGAAUCAUUACAUCAAUUGCAAAAAUGAUUUUUUUCAUACUCGACUAUGUCGGUCUCAGAUGACAUGAAUUUACACAAUUUUUUGUUAGGUACGUGGCUAUGUCGAGAUGGUGGCUUUUCUCGGAGAUGGCUGCACCAAUUUUUACAAACUUCGAAUCAACAGAAAGGUCUCGUGGUCCCACAGUCUACUAUUGAAUUUUGUCCGAAUCGAAUUUCCACACCAUGCGCGAUAUUCGGCAUCGAUUAUCACUAUUCGCAUAAUCAGUCAUAAUUAUGAUCACACGAUGAGAGUAAGAAUGAAAUAUGAUCAACAUCACUACAAUACUUACAAUCAUUCCCAAGACUAUCAUCCAUGCAACGAUUAUCACUGAAGCUUGACGUUAUUCAUUGAGGUUCUAGAGGUUUUGAAAACCAAUUCAGGGAUCGGGAACUUUUUGAGCCGAAAGAGCCAAAAACGCAAUUUACAAAAUUUAUAACAUUUUAAAGAGCAUCAAAAUGUUUUAUUAUAAACAAUAAAUAGUAUUUGAAUAAAUAAAGUUUCUUUUAUUAAAAAAAACUAAUUAAAUCCAUAUGGCUCAAAGUGGAUGUCAUCACUAUUUGAGUUAACAGGAUUUACAAUAAAUAUUAGAAUGCUUUUACUUACUUUGAAUUACAGAAAUUCGUCAAAAAAUUCAUCUUCAAUUAAUUCUAUAACAGUACUGAAGUAAUUCGUGUCAAUAGAUGCACUUGCUUUAUCACAAUAUUGCUAUAGGAUUUGAAAACAAAGAAACAUUUCGCUCUAAAUACUUCUUCAAAAAAAAUUGAUUCGUGUGUCAAAACAUUUGUCAGGGAUUUUGUCCUCACAGUUUUAUUGCGUUUUCGUUUGAAACAAACCAAUCCCAGUUCUGAGUACGACUGCUGUCAAAUGUAAGGCACAAAUCUCCAAGUAAUCAGGGGCACGUGCCACUUGAGCCAAAUUGCUCUGAUUUUACUUAGGGUUGAACCGACGACACGACCUGCCACUCGUCUAUCAAAACUGUAUCGUAAAUUUAACUACCCCUCAGUAACUGGAAAUGUCAAAUCGGAAACGUUAGUGAAUUUUUUAAAACUGGCAGCACAAGUUGAUUUAUUUAUUGAUUUUGAAUAACAGUCACCAUAACCUUGGUUACUGCAUAUCGAAGGCAAGAUGAAUGUAAAAAAAAUAAAUUUCAGAUCGGUUAUUAUAUUACGGAACAUUUUAAUGGAUUUACCUGACUCGAGCGGAAUGUAAAAAUUUAGGAGUAUGAGUUAUGUCUUUUAUAAAGCCAAGUUCAAAAUUCAGGUCUUGACUUGAAACCGUUGUGUGAGAAAGAAGACAUGGAAAUGACCGACAACGAGCUGAGCGAGGCUUGUGCUCUGCGGUACCUGCAUAACGUACGGUAAAAUGAUUUCUUUGUGGAAUUCCACUAGUAAUCCUCGAAUAGUGGCCAACAAGGAAACAUACUGUUUCCACUGCUGCGCAAUCAACCGACACAAAACAACUUUGACACCGGCAUAUUACACCGAAUCCUACUGCCCAGAAAAGCUAGCAGUGGAAGUGUACGGAUGAAUCGCUGGAAGUAGAUCAUUGUCCUCGUUCGUUGGUUUUAUCCAUAGUUUCGAUUAAAUUCAGAAAAUGCAUUUCUGCUAAAUUUGGACAAAGUUUAACACUAAUAUUCCACCGCUUUCAAAACAUGUUUAUUUGUUUUGGGGUUCCUUGGUAACCAGUACAUAGCAACUUAAACAGUGUUGCUCGAGAAGAUUAUUUUUAUCAUUUACAAGGAGUCGCUAGAUUUGUGGUAACUGGCGGUGAAUCGUUAGCGAACAGUUUUAAUGCUGAUUUUUCUUCUGAGUGCCUGGUCGUGUUCAACUGAAACUAACCCAGUUACCUAGAAGUGAAACGAUAUUCGAUUCAACUCAUUCAAUUUAGCCUACUCAGUCGAUUAACGGAUCUACUUUCUAAAUUUAGCCUGACAUACAUUGAUUUAAUUUCGAUUAUUAUGUUUCACUGAAAUUAUGCGUGUGCUACAGACCGAUCGGUUGGGCACACGUUGUUUUAAAGAACUUUUUAAAUAAUUUUCAAAUUAUACUUUUUAAAUAAUAUUCAAGUUAGAACUUUUUAAAUAAUUUUCAAGUAAAUCUAGAUAAUCAGCAAAUAUUUAGGGUAAAAAAAUAACAUGAACGGUAUAAUCAAAUUAUAACUACCGAUUUUUUGUAAAUUUGAUACUCAAUGACAAUUAACUGUCAAACUGCAACCACUUUGUAAAAGCUAGAGCCAAGCCUAGUUUCUCAAGCCAAGCUUGAGAAAUCGGACUCCAAAGAGUAUUAAAAUUGUUACAUACGUACAACAUUUGGAAGAGCUUGGCCUGGAGACAAUUUUCCAAAAUCUCAAUCCUUCAACUGUCAUACUGACGAAGCUAUGGUGGUUCUAUCGAUUUUUAUUUUAUUUAAUUUAAUUGAAAAUUUUCAAAAAAAAUCUGGGAAGUCUUAGGCAUUGUCCGGAAGAGCUGAGGAAACGCAUGAUGUUUAGUUAUGUAUCAUAUGUUUCCAUCUAAUAGAAUUUUAAUGGAGGCGCAUGGCUGAUUGUUAUUUUUUUAAAGAAUAUCUCAAAUAUCCCGGGCCUAACAUAGAAAUACAUAUACCAGGUAUGUGUCUGGAUUUCAUUUACAAUUUUUAUCAUUUCACAUAUUUUUUUAUUGAAAUUUAUACCCUGAAAAGGAGAAAGUGAGGCAUCAAUUAUAAAAAAAUCGAGCACUCUUGGAAUUUUCGAGCGAAUAAAUAGUCAGAAUGGACAUUAAGGUCACUAAAGCCUCCGUUGGAGUUAACAGCGUUCACAUAACAGCUUGGUAGAUUUUGACAAAUUGACAGAAAUUUGAUUACCAAACGCUUUAUAAUCAAUUCAAAUUUCGAACUAAUUAACAAACGGUAAGACGUUGGAAACUCGGUAAACAUGUGUCCGAAUUCUGUUAAAUUUUUCAAAUAAGUUAAUUUCAAGAGAAAAUAACUAAUUUUCUUGAUUUGUCUUAGAAAUGCAUGAAACGUCGAGAUCUGGUGUUAUCCCGGUUUUAUUUAAGUCAACUCUCUGAUAUUUAGAAAAUUUUCGAUUUUUUCAAAAAAAAAUUUGUUCAGAUUACGCCAGAUUUCGAUUUUAUUAAAUUGAAUCUACGCGGUUUUCAACGUCUAGAAACGUUUAGACGCGUACACACGUCAUCGAUAAUAUGUCGGCCUUUUCUCGAAAAUAGUGAUGAGCUUCAUAAAAUCAGUGAGUUUUUGCAGUGACCUUUUUUGCUCCACCGCUUCAUGAAAAUCACUAGUACCAUUCGAUUCAGCGCAUCUUAGUGUUAGCUAAAAACACUCACUGAAUAUGAUUUACUCCUGAAUAUAUAUUCUACAACCCAAAAAUUCGGGAACUAGAAAAUUUUACUUUAGACGAAAAAAUCGACACUUUUCACACUUACCGGUUUCAGAGGCUCAACUAAAAUACAUCAAAUGAAUAUAAGCUAAUUGUAGCUUAUGUUCGGGCCCACUUUUGGAGGGCUGAGCCGAUGGGAUGUGACAUUUUGUGUUCUAAUCAAGGAUGGCUUUUAUCGUAUCAAAGAACGUUCACUAGCAACUCUUUACAUGAUUGAAUCAGUGGCAUCAAAGAGAGACGGAUUUUCAUCGCAACAACAAAAACUCGGUAUGGCUCAUUUAACAUAGACUAGACACCAGUGCGAGAGCGAAUUUCUCUCGAUGACAUUUCUGAGAAUCAAAGAUUAGCACGCUGCUGUGGGGAUCCUCUCUGAAGCAACAAACGGUCGCUUAUUCUUGUUUCGCGAUCCGAUUCUAUACAGACAGUUGAUAAUUGCGAUAGAAUCAUUUUACUAUUGCCACUUAUUCUAACUAUGUGCAUAUAACCUUUGUAUAAGUUGUGUCUAUGAAAAUGUAUGUGAAUGCUCCACACAAGGGUUUUGAAAUGUUGCAACCUAGUAUGAGAAUCAUUAAGUUGAAUCAUCGAUUCGAUUUUCUGCGAUAAUUGUCAACUAGCGAUUCUCUCUUGGGAAGCAACGACGUUCUUCCCGUUCCACACAGCAACGAUCAUUAUCAGACUGUAUUUUUUUAAGGGCGUGAAAUACUCAGAAUAUGAAGUGGAGCGAAGAAAUGUAGCAAAAUUCUCUCACGGUUCAUGCAUUGAGAGACUCGAGUUCUUGUAGCAUCUUCUACCGGAUUGAAAAUGUUGUAUACAAUAUAGAUAGCAAUAUAGCAGCUUCUGUCAAAUUUUCGGCAAUCACCAACACUGGUUCUAAUUGACCAUUUUCGCUCAGUGGCCGGUCGACCCGGCCUCUCCUACUUUUUUUUUAUUAAAAUGAACAAUAUUUGCACAGCAGCACCUCAUCCUAAGAGCCGAAGGUUCUCGACCCCUGCGCUAGGUGGAUAAAAACAAGUUAUUUUUUAAUAUGCUUACGGAACCAUAAACUAUAAGAGGUCAUGACACUCGAAUCAAGGGGAUUUCGACUUCUUUGCCACUGAUUUGGCAACGAUAGUCGGAGCUCAAGAUAAUGUUAGAUUAGCAGAAGGCUAAUUAGAUUGAUGAUGCGAUAUGAGGGAAGCGGGUCAUUUCGCCGAAGAUGACCCUUUCAUCGAAAGGGUCAUUUCGCCGAAAGGGACAUUUCACCGAAAAGGUAAUUAAGGGACAUUUCACCGAAAAGGUAAUUAGCAAUUGGUAGAAAUAGAAGAUGAAAAUUAUAGAAUGAAAGUCUAUAGACUUAGAUGGGAAGAUACAAAACGGAAAGGCGAGACGUGACAAACGUCAUUUAAGCAAUCAGAAGUCCUUUAGUAACUUAACUUUUACCUUCGACCGUCUAUAAUUUCACAGCACAGCUGAAUAUGCUCGGUUUCCCUGUUCAGUUAGGCUGGUUAGGUUCAAAUGAUUUUAUGUGAUUCCAUACGAGACUUCCUGAAUUUUAUUCCGAUACGUUUCCGGAAUCACUGGGUUAAAAGUGUUAAAUAUAAUGUACCGUUAUAUAGUGACGAAACUUAACCGUACAACAACAACGGCUAGAAACUGUUCAAAUUUUUGAGUCAAGUUAGUACGAACCGACCGAUUCCCAGAUUCCGCUUUUGAAAAUACCGGAAACAGUGGUAAACAACUUCAAAACGGAACUCACUCACUUUUCUCAGAGAAGCGAUUUGAUCAAUAUAAUAUAACAUUUCGUUUCUAUGCGGAAUUCCCCAGUUUUAUCCGGAAGCGACUUCCAGUUCCGUAAUUAAAGAGCUCCGAAAUUAAGUGUUCACAAUUUUGAACUGAUGUUCGGAGAAACGAUGCAAAACUGUGAAAAUGCUUCUAUCAUACGCUCAAACGAAGAUACGAAUCAGCCUUCGACUGAAAGUCUCCUAAACAUAGAAAACUAACUAACUGGCUCAAACAUAGAAAACUAACUAACUGGCUCAUGCUAGUUGAAGCCCAAACACGCUUUCUGGGUUUCUUUCAAAAGCCAAUGAGAAGUAUGUUGAAGAAAACAACAUUGUGAGUGAUGUAAGGUUUUCUUGCAUCAUCAUUAUGCGUGAAGCUUUCAAAUUUGUAACAUUCGUCGCUCUGUAAUAGGGGAACCAGAGGUCGGAUCCAGAUGAAAUUUAACAACCGCAUUUGUGGCUAUAGGAUCAUUAUUUUUUUAGCCUAUUACUUAGCCCACCUGAGUUCGAUUCCCAACCCAACACAUAGGGUCAGAAAGUUGUCUGAUCCAAGAGACGAAUGACCUUAAGGUUAAAACCUCUAUAAUUAAAACAAAAACAUGUUUGAACUAUUUCGAAGCGUAUUUCAACCACUAUUCUGACUUAUUUACAUACACAGCUCAAAAUAUCGUUUUGUUUUUGAUUUUAAAUUUACUUUAAGGAUCGGAGCCUUUCACGGACAAAACGUCACGAAAAACUACAGGUUUGAAUUUAUGAAUCAUGUACCUAAACAACUGAUCAGUUUAUGAAUUGAAUUCCAGAAUCCAGAUUCGUAAUUCAGGUUCAGAUUUCAUUUCCAGAAUCUCGGUCCAGAAGUCAAGUUCAGAAUUCAGUACGUUCUGAAAUACAAUUCCAAAAUUCAAUUUUAUAACUCAGGUCCAUCAUCUGAUUUCUGAACCUGAGUUAUAGAUAUGGGUUCUAGAAAUCAAUUCUGAAACUAGAAUUUAGAACUGAACUGAGGACCUGUAGAGUACCCAGCUGAAUCUCGAUGGUUUGAUUACGAAUUUAGGCUCCGCAUCCUACAGCAGGUUCAGAAUCUAGAUCCAGUAUUCAAGUUCUGGUGCAUGAUCCAUCAAUGUAUAAGGAUCUAGAGCUAGACUUACCAUAUUCAAGGCCGUAUUCUGGUCUUAGACUUAGAUCUACCAUAUUAUUGUUUGAGAUCCUAGACUUGGAAGUUCCUGUUCUGGAACCAGAUCCUGCACUAGGAUACCGGAUCUGGAUUUACAUCGAUGAACUAAUUCUCCUUAUUAUUACCCAUUCGUCUUUUUCUGCCUUUCUCACAUAGAAAGGUUAUACAAUCACUGUGAAAAUCCACUCUUGAACCGAGGCCCGGAGGGCCGAAUGUCAUGUACCAUUCGACUCAAUUCGACGAACUGAACAAAUAUCACAAUUCGACGAACUGAACAAACAACACAAUCUCUGAAAAAUGAAAAAUCUGACGGUCCCAUAGAUCUCUAUUGAAUUUUAUCCCGUUCCGAACUCCGGUUCCGGAAUUACAGGGUGAAAUGAAAAAAAUUGUCGCUCCUCCACUUUUUUCAGAGAUGGCGUGACCGAUUUUCACAAACCUAGAACUUCAAACGAAAGGUCUUAAGGUCCUAUAGAUCGCUAUUGAAUUUUAUCCCGAUCCGAAUUCCGGUUCCGGAUUAAAAAUGCAAUAUGUGCAAAUCUAUGAGAAAAUGCGCACUCAAUUUUCUCGAAAGUUUCUCAACCGAUUUUUACAAACUAAGAUGCAAAUGAAAGGUCUUGAAAUUAUUUAAAAAGUCUCUGUGAAGUUAAUCCAGAUCCGACUACCGGUUCCGGUAUUACAGUGCGAUGAGUAAAAAUUUUCAAUUUUCAUUAUUAUUGAAACGAGGCACAUUUUUAUAAAAUUUACUGGUAAAUUCAUCCAUUUGGCAGACCUUGUUCGUUGGUGGAUAUAUAAAUCUACUUUGGGACUACUAGGUCACAGUUUCCGAACGCAUCGAUAAUAGUGAAGCAAAGCUCCAAAAACGGAACUCUCUCCGAUUUCUCAGCAACCGUUAAACCAAUUUUUACAGAUCAUGAUUCAAAUUCAAGCACUCGAUGUCUUAAAAGAUACUGUGCAAUUUCAUCCAGAUCCGACUUCCGGUUCCGAAAUUAUAGAGGUCGAUGAGAAUCAAAACUUUCAAACUGUCAUACAAAAUGAUGCAAAAUCGGUACGUGCUGGUACGGAAGAACAAAAAGCCACCGCCAAGCACACAACGUGCUUUGUUCAAUUUUGUAUAGCGUGCUGGGUUGCCACAUUCAAAUCUUUAUUAACUUGACAUAACUGUUUACAAAUUAAAAAGGUGAUGGUAGUUUGUACCGAAGAAAGUUUUUGAUUUUAUUGAAGUUUGAAAGAAAGUGAUGUUUUUGAAAACAUAAGUAAUAUGAGAAAGGCAUCAUUACCCCACUAGGUGGAUUAAGAAAAGUUUUUCUAAAUGUUUCACGCACGUCUUCAGAGUAAAUAAAUACCCAGUAUACUUGAGUAUUUAUUUCGGCACCGUAAAAUAUGAACCUUCGAAUUCAAAUUUAUUACAAUUACUUCUUCAUUAUUGUAUGACUGCUAAAUUAUUUUGCGUUUUUCAUUGAUUGUGCAAAUUAUUUCUUAUUAUUUUCUAUUGAAUAUCAUAUUUAAUAGGGCACACUGCUUUAGCUCCAUGAUGCCAAGGGCAUAUUAUAAUUCUCUCUGAGAGAAGUUACGGGUUCGAGCCCCGUCUCUAUGUUAACUUUCUCGCGUAAAUUUCAUUUCGCUGUUGCAUUCGUCAGUAUUUUUCCGUUUUAUUUUUCUCGUAAGAUGCUGAUAAAAGGCGACGUUUCCAUACUAGUUAUGUCUAUUUCAAAAUGUUAAGAAUUUAUCCUUUAGAAAAUACUUCCGCCCUACGACGGUUACUCUUAUUCAGCUAGUUUUUUUCAUUAAUUCGAAGUUAGUAAUAUUUCAACAUUAGUAUCUCAUUAACGAUGAUAGCCAACGGAGAAAAAAACUCACCAACUGCGCGAGAAGUACAUACAGAAAACUAUUAUAUAAAUCAAGAAAAAAUACACAAACAACAAAAAUUGCUUUGGGAAAUUGCUUUAACUGAGUGUAAAUAAUUUUCUAUAUUCAUUCAUAGAAACAUACAUAGAACAAAAACAAAAAAUAAUAAAUUAUAGGUGAAAGAUUGUAGAUAUGACAGAAAAUAAUGAUCGUCUGACCAGAAAUGAAAUGAAAGAAACAAACCGAGAGAGAGAGAAAGAAGAAAAAUGCAUCAAUGAUUCAGGAAGUUGUUCAGUGAGGUACUCUACCACUCGAAAAAAAAAACAAAUUCCUUCUAUCUAAUACUGCUACAGUUUCAUUUUCAUCACUAUCUUCUGUCAGCAUAGGAAAUAUUGUACAGUUUUUCCACUUCCCUCUCGAACACGUGAGUCAUUCGAAAAAAAAUGCGAGAAUAAAAAUUUUCUUCAGAGGCAUCCGACAUUCAGCCAGACCUCUCUGCUAUACAAAACUCAGACAUAUUUAGUAAAUAAUAAAGAAAAUAAACGACGUGCGUACCUAAAAUAUGUGUAUAGUGAUGUAAACGAGAAAAAGAGCCAAACUCACAAUAGAGCUCUACAAACCUUAAACGGGGAGAAGAAAAAAAAACACAUAAACGUCGAGUGCCUUAAUUUUUGUACUGCAUGCAAAAACUAAACACACACACAGAUUAAAGAGAAUACUGACAUAUUUUUGUAUGAGACAAACACAUUCACGGCGCACGUGCUGCUAGUGAAAAAUGUUCAAACAAACCGGUUGCGAAAUUUCCGAUCCGCAGCCACUUUCGAGGACCUCACUGAACGAUCCGACAACCGGACAGUAGAAUGAAAAAAAAGUAUUGAGACUGUUUCAGAACAGGAGGAACUAUGCUUCCGCAACAACAACAACUGUUAAGACAUUUUGUUUCCUGGAAUUGAAUAACCAAACUUUGAUUUUCAACUUUUGUACAUAUUCUCAUAACGUGGCUAUCGCCGUCCAGGAAAACAAAAACCAGAAACAUUCACACAGAGUAUAAAGGUUAUUUUCAAGGACCAUUUACGCUUCAACCGUUUCACCAGCAGUCAAAAGUCGAAAAAACGGAUUAGGAAUCGAAACCAGCUCUAGAGCUGACAACUAGACGGAAAGGAAUAGAGUAGUAGAUUAGUAAAGAUAGAUAGUCACAUGUUUUUUUUUUUAAAUCAAAGCUUCAAUAUAAAUUAUAUACAAAAUGUAAAUUAUAAGUAGCGGAUAGCUCUCUGUGCUGAAGCUAGCCACACUAAAUAAUAAAAUUAAAUUACAGUAUGGGAAUUAUUACCGUAAAUAACUCCGUGAGUGAAUAAAUUAUUAAAUUUAAAUAUCGCCAACUAAAUUAAAAGAUAAAAAUAACAAAAAAAAUAAGUCUCAGCAACAUAAAUGAACUAGUCGAAAGGAUUAUUUUAAUCAAAAAGCCAUACAGUGAAAAAACAUACUCGAAUAUGCAUAACAAAUUCAAACAAGUUCAUGAUACAUGAAAAGCAAACGCGAUGCAGCACAAAAGCCUAGCGAUACAAAACGAUACAAACGAAUGCAAACAAAAAAAAACACGUUACAUAAUAAUUGUGCAACGGUAAAAAACAACCUGGGUUCUGGGUAAACCACAGCCACCCAACGGGAAGAAGCGGGCGCGGCCCAUUCAGAUUCAACUUUAACCAAAAAACAACCAACAAAAUAAUAACUGAAAUCUGUUCUGUCACUACCUGAUAAACCAAACAGCAGUUUCAUGAAAACAAUACAAUAUGGCGCAGCUGAUACUCAUUUAACCACAUGAAACCACAUGCACCGAGUCGUGGUCCUUGCGAUGAUGAUUGUACAGAAGGUAUGUCAUUAAAUGAUUGGAUUACAAAUCGAACAACAACUACAAUUGUCACAAAGUACAUUUUCACGCAUUGUCACACUCAUUCAAGCCUGACCAAAUAGCAACCAACUACAAAGAAACAUAUACAAAACAGGCACAUAUUCAUGAACGCUCACGUAUUCACACACACACACAUGCGAGUAGCAAUAAAUCAAAAGGCUCGGCCAAUAAAUUCUGAAUUAAACACUGCUCCUGUUUACAAACUGCCGUUAAUCCACUCCUUCUUUCAUCCUAUAUUUAAAUGGCUGGAGACAAAAAAAAACCGGCAACCAUCAGAGAACUGAGUUUCGAGCAUCACAUUCCGUUUGUUACGACCCCCCCCCCCCCCAUCACUUAGUUCGACCACUAGGUGAACUGUUCCCGAACGGAAGAUGAGAAAUAAAAUAAAAACCAACUGACAAAAGUAGUAAGGAUUGCAAAAAAUAAACUAGUACGAAAAAAAAACACAAACAAACAAAGAAAAUAUUGUAAACCCAUUUCCGGUGUGGAUCAUUUCGCCGCCAGUGUCAUUCGUAGCUAAACCGUAGGAUGUAGUAGAUCUUUAAGAAUACCAUAACGAACUUCAAUGCAGUGUGAGAACCUGAGAAUUAAAACUACGUACCGUGGAAUCGGUGGAACUUUGUAUAACAGAUCCGGAUGUGGAGAAAAAAAAUAACAAAAACACAGAACACACACACACAAAUUAUAUAAUAUAUAUUGUAUUUAUAAUAAUUAUAGACCUUUAUGAGAAUUUAUCCUGUUAAAGAUAAAAAAAAGUUAAACUAAAACACUGUACAUAAUUCGAAAAUAAACAAGAGCAAAACCAUGGUGAGAAUGGAAAGAAAUAAAACAAAAACAUAUUUCAAAACAUG